GUGAGUUGGUAUGGGGAAUGUGUAUUCUGUUGUAAGGUACGCAGUGAAGCAAUGUUUUCAAUAUAUCAAGUUUUCACCAUUGGGUGUGGUAUAUCUUGUUUUCAUCUGAGUAUUUUUUUUUUCAUUUCAGGAAUGGAUAGAAUAAAAAGGUAUUUGAUUUUUAUGUGUAUUACUGAUUUUGAUUUAGUUUACAUAAUUUAUAAAUUUGUUUAUUGCAUGAAGUGAGGGAGAUGAAUCAAAUAGGCUGCUAGCAGACCUCUCAGUAGUCCCGAGUUUGAAGAGACAGUCCUGAUUCCUCCUGUCCCACAGUCCCGGGUUUGCUCCCUCUUAUUCCGUUUUUGUGGACACCAGGGAACUGUACCCAGAAAGCGUAGCGCAAACUCACGAUUAGACUUUGUCAUCUCCCUGGGCUGGUUUCAUUGAAAGGUUGACUAAGCAUAUAUUUGCUUGUCUUUUAAUCUUGAUUGACAGGCAGUGUUUUCUUUCAAAUAUAUAGAUUAUUGUCAACUGAGUAGCUGUUCAGUGUUACACCGAUAACUACCCAUGAUCGUCAGCAUAAUACUGUGCAAAUAAAGUGAUUUUCUCUUCUCAAUCAUUGUGUCUCUGUGACAUUUAACACCAGACUAUAACAGUGACACAACAAAACGCGCACACAAUGCCUGGUGACUGGGAACCCCUUAAAGGACCACUAUUGUGCCAGGAAAACUUGUUUUCCUGGCACUAUAGGGUUAUUAAGUCCCCCCCACCCUCAUGCUGGGCUGAAGGGGUUAAAACCAAAUGUUAAAACCCCUUCAGUAGUGAUGUCUCGAAUGGUUCGCGAACGGUUAGCCACAAACGGUUCGCCACGGACUCAUCAUUGAGUAAACUUUGACCCUGUACCUCACAGUCAGCAGACACAUUCCAGCCAAUCAGCAGCAGACCCUCCCUCCCAGACCCUCCCACCUCCUGGACAGCAUCCAUUUUACAUUAAUUGUGAAGCUGCAUUCUUAGUGAGCUGUCCAGGAGGUGGGAGGGUCUGGGAGGGAGGGUCUGCUGCUGAUUGGCUGGAAUGUGUCUGCUGACUGUGAGGUACAGGGUCAAAGUUUACUCAAUGAUGAGUCCAUGGCGAACCGUUCGCGAAGCGUUCGGUGAACCGUUCGGGACAUCACUACCCUUCAGCCACUUACCUUUCUCCAGCGCCGGGCCCCCUCGGCGCUGGUGAUCUCUCCUUCUCCAGCCGACGUCAGCGCCACAUGCACGGCAAGAGCCACGCACGCAUUCAAACCGCCCAUAGGAAAGCACUACUCAUUGCUUUCCUAUGGACGUCCAGCGUCUUCUCACUUUGAUUGAAGUGGUCUGGGUGCCUAUAGUGGUCCUUUAAGUGAACAUAAAAGAAACAAGGAAAAUAAAACCAAUUUGUAAAAUGGCUCCUAUUAUUUCUGCAUCUAGGGGGACAUGUACCAUGCCAACAUUGACUCUGGCACAGAUGCAAGAGAGGUCUCCAUGUGUGGUUGGGAAUAUUGUUUUAAUUUUUUGUUUGGUCUAACUAGAGGCAGGGCUGACCAGAAAAUCUUGAAUCCAAUUUUUAUUAAUUAAUCAAAUAGUAAACGUUUGACAAACUCCAUAACAAAUAUAUUAACAGAUAAGACAUUUUACUAUGUUUGCUACACUUACAUUAAAAUAUUUGGUAAUGCGCACUUUAAAAAAGCUAAAGUGUUAUUUUGUGCAAGCAUUUUUCUUUACUAUUCACAAAAGCACAAUUAGAAUUUAGAUUUUUCAAAGCUGAAUUAUAAAACUGAGCCUUACAAAACUGGUGCACAGAUAGUCUGCGAGGGAAAAGCCAGUGAUUAUGAUUUUAAUAAAAUGGUGCUAAUUUUGCAGAAAUUGCAAUGGAAAAUAAUUUGAACAGGUGCGAUCAAAGAGACUCUGUAUGCUUUGUUACAGAAAUGCAACACAGAGAGUACAGGCUAUAAUUAGCCUGAGUUCAGGACAAUAGUUUGGAUGGGAAAGCUGCAUGCUGUUGUACGAUGGAUGUUUUCAGCAAAGGGAAGAAAGAAGGAGGGGGACAGAGGACGAGAAAGAUUGACAUGACAUGUGCAAGCAAAUGCCACUGGCCCUUACCCAAAAGUAGAACUAAGUGACUCAUCGUAACAAGUGGUGAAUCUCCCAGAAGACCGUAGAGCAGCUAGGAUCUACUAUCCUGCUGUUUGCUUGUGUACAUUACAGACAUGGGGAAGGAAUAGUGAUGGAGAUGAGAUAGUCCCAACUGGAGAACAUAGAAGGUAACCAUGGGUGCCGACGAUCAUAUCCUAAUCACCUUGUCCGGAGAAGGCCCAUGGGGUUUCAGGCUACAGGGGGGAUCAGAGAAGAGCCUUCCUCUUCUUGUGUCAAAGGUAAGGUCAUCAUGUGGUCUAAAGCCACACAGGCCAAGUGGUUACACUCACUAGCACAUGCUCCUAUUACUGACAAAUUGCAUUGAAUUUUUCUAAUUUAGCUAUUUUGGUGUAAAAUUUACAACUGCAUGUUUAAUACCCAACAAUUCCUGGUUUAGUGUGCAAAAGCAAAAAAUUGCACCUCACAAGUAAAUUUCUUGUUCUCUAGCUUAACCCCUUAAGGACCAAACUUCUGGAAUAAUAGGGAAUCAUGACAUGUCACACAUGUCAUGUGUCCUUAACGGGUUAAACCAAGAUUGCAUGCUCUGCUAAAGGUGGAUAAAUGAUGGGGUACAGAGACCUUUACUGUGGUCAAUCUAUCACAUAGAAAGGUAAUUUGAAGGCAGGCAAGCAGUAACCCUUUGUAACAGAAGCCUCCGUUCCCCUGGUUCUUUUUGAUUAGUAAGCAGCUAGCACCUGUUUUGUAAAUCAGAUGUUGCCCUCCUGAUAAAGUUGAAACCAAUAUUUGGAAACUACACGAACAACACAGAGGGGUUUAUGAGAAGGAAUGCAUCAUAGUUUAUGGUACUUGUGGCAGUUGCAGACACAAAUUCACAGUUCGUUAUCAUCAUCUGAAUGAGCAUAUCUUGAAAAAAAAAAUACAAUAAUUACCUAUUGGUGGCUUGAUGACAGAACACAGGGAUUGAAAAAGAACAUGGUCUGUUGUGCCAGGGGUAGAAAUUUUUAUUUUAUUUUAUUUUUUUAUUGCAAAAAAAUGUAUGCAUAUGUAGAAAAGUCCAAUUUUUACACAUUAACAACUAAAAACUUUGCUAUACUACAUGUUACAUUGUAAUAAAGUAAUGGAUAUAAAAUGUGAAUGUUAAUCUUAAAUAGCUAUAAACUGGGGUUAUUCACAAAUACCAUUACUGCUGAGAAAAGAUUUUAAAAAAUUGCUCAUUUUUGACCAACGUAGCAGGUCUACGAAAAUAGCGUAAUUUUUCCAGUAUGGGCAUUACACCUAAAUUUGCAAUUCCAAGGUCGAUUCCUAACAAUUCCCAGAUUAGCAAAUAGCCAUAAAUUUGUGUCAAAUACUAAAGCACACAUGAGAAUCUAGACACACAUUACCCAAAUAUAUUUGCAAAAGUGAGAAUUCAAGGUGAUUUCAAAGUGAAAUUUAAUUUUAAGGCCAGAGUAGUUGAAUGUAAAGCAAAGAUGACUUAGAGAAUAUUUCCAUUUCGGCUAUUUGACCUUACAUUUUAAAUUCACUUUGAAUUUAUUUUGGUUUCCCACUUUACUGAAUAACCCUCAUAGACUAUUUUGGUGCAAAAUGCCACAUAGGGAGAAAUCAUCAUGAAAACAAGCAAAUUUUUGCAGAGUUGGAAUAUUGACCCUGAAUUGCUCUUUAUCUGUAAUGUAUGUCCAUGUAUUAUGUGUGCAUUGGUGUUAUGUGUACAGGAAGCCAUUAGUUCAUAUUGUCUGAUUUUAUCAUGAUGCAUUUAACCCAUUCAAGUAUUUUAUGUUAUGACAUUCCUCCCACAUCAUCGGUCAUGCAAGGGUUAAAGUCAAAAUGGUCUGAGAUGCUGCUAAGACUCUGCAUUAGGGCCUCAAUUUAUUUUUUUGAUGAAGCGUUUAAAAAUAUUUAAUAUUUUUGGAUGCAUUUUUAAUAUGAUUUAAUAUUAUGAAAAAUAUAUUUUUAAAAAUAAUAUGUUGCUAUUUUUUUUUAUAUAUAUAUACGUAUUUUUAUAUUUUAAUUUUGAAAUAAUUUUAAUAUUGUAUUGAAAUAUAUUAAAUAUUUUGAAAAGCUUAUUGAACAAUUUUAAAUUGAGGCCUAAGUUAGGUGUGGGGGUCUUGACAGAUAUAGGAGAUAUAUGCCUAUUAGGGAUUUAUUCAAUGGGGAUGUUGAGAUAAAGGAGCUAGGUCACCUUUGGAUUGUGGUUUCAGUAUUCUGUUCCUCUCAUGCUGUUCGUCUUAUGAUUCUAUGCUAGAUUCAUUAAUACAGUUGGUUUUUAACGUUUCUAAGAAGCCUCUCAGACCAUACCCAUUAAUUUUAUAGAUGGUGACUGGGAAUUGCUAUGGAUCCCUUAUAAUUUUUGCAUUUGUCUAUCGCUUUAAUAGAUUGGAAUCUUUAAUGGUUUGCAGCCAACCAACUACGGUUUACGGCAUCAGUUGUGGCAACCUAAGGAUUUUAAAUGUUACAAUACUGGGAGCGAUCCACAAAGGGCUCAGGCCCUGUGUUCUGUUUGUCACAAUAAUAAAAAAAAAAUUUGAGUUUGUUUAGCCACCUGUCAGAGAAACGGUUUCAAAUUACCUUGAGAUAAUCCUUUCGUAACUAAGUUAAAUGGUAAUCAUAAAGGACAAAAAAAAGCCUGUUGAGUUCCUUAUAGCAAAACAGCAUAAAAAUAAUUGGUUAAGAAACUGGAAAAAGUAGCAUAUACAAAUAAAAGAUAGUAUUUGCAGUCACGGUGACAUACUUUGAGGAAAUGUUUUAAAUCUCUAAAGUUUUGUUCCUACAAAAGUGGUAAAGUAGGAGAUAUGCCCACAAAUUGGUGUGUGUCAGUGAUACUUAACAUGUAAGAGGGAACAUGGUUUUGAGCACAAGGUGGUAUUAUUUGCACGUUAGAUGGGCACAACUAUGUUCCUGGCACCUAGCAAAUGUGCAUUCCUGAGGAGCUUCUGCAUACAGCAGGCGUUCUCAAGCACCCUCACUAGAAGAAUAUCUUCCUAAAUUAGGAUUAUUUUGCCAGAUAUGGGACACUUUUUUCCACAGAUCGCCAUAUUUCCAGCCUAGUCUAAAGUCAGGCUCUCCACAUAGCAAUUUCCAAGGGGGCAAAGCCACUAUUUGAAAAAUCACUGCCACUGUUUACUGACUUAACCAACAGAGGCAUUACCCUAAAGCAGUGAUCUUAAACUCUGCCCCUACCACAAAAUGUUAAUAACCUUUAAAUACCUUUAAAUCCCAGAAUUCAUCAAAGGCAAUAGAAGGCCAAGCAACAAGGCAGUUGUAGUUUAGCAACAUCUGGGGCCCCAAAGUUUAAGACAGUUCUCCUAAAAUGACAUUUCAUUCUGGAACUGAUGACAUAUAAAGAGAUUAGUAAAAUGUGUAAAAUAAAGUAAAAAUAAUAAAAAUAUGCACUACUGACUAAUGCUUACUAUAGUUUGUAUAGUACUUUCCAUAAGCAAUGCUUUAUAUUAUGGGAAUUAUAAUUCAUUUGUGAGCUUUUUCUUGACAUCAUAUACAGCGGUACUUUUAGGGCAAGAAAAAAGAAAAUAAUAUUGCAAGAGGAAAGGGCUAUAAGGAUAGGCUUACACUGUAUUCCUAACAAUACAGUAUCCCACUGCCUCCGAGUCUGCUCCACUCCCAUCACAGUCCCACUCCUGACUUUGAAAUGGUUAAUAACCCAUUAAACACUUAGCUGAUUCCAGGGCCAAGAUUCCUCUGAGCUGGAUCAGUCUCUUCCUCUGACAAAGCAGGCAUGAUCCGGAAAAGAGAUGCUCAAAAAGCACUGGAUACGCUUCAGGCUUUCCUUAAAGGGAUGCUGGACAUGUUCAUGCACAUCGUCUUUCACAAAGUUAAACUCAGUGUGUAAAAUUGCAGUUUCUGUAAAACUGCACUCUUUUCACUUGCAGGCUUUAGAAGGCUGGGACACAGCAUUCAGACCACUUAAAGGGACACUCCAGGCACCCAGACCGCUUCUGCCCAUUGGAGUGGUCUGGGUGCCAACUCCCACUACUCUUAACCCUGCAAGUGUAAUUAUUGCAGUUUUUUAUAAACUGCAAUAAUUACCUUGCAGGGUUAACUCCACUCAGUGGACAGCCACUAGAGGGCACUUACUGGAUCAUAGCACAGGAAACCUCCAGCGUCACUCAUUUCCCCAUAGGAAAGCAUUAAAAAGCAUUUUCAAUGCUUUCCUAUGGGGAGCUCUAAUGCGCAUGCGCGGCAUUGCCGCGCAUGCGCAUUAGGUCUUCCCGGCCAGUGGGCGGGAUCAGUCUCGCCCACCGGCCGACGCAAUCACAGGGAGGAGCGGCGGCAGAGGAAGAAGCAGCGACGUGGGACAUGUUGCUGCUUCUGGUAAGUUACUGAAGGGGUUUUCACCCCUUCAGCAACCGGAGAUUGGGGGGUGGGAGGGAGAGGGGACCUGCAGUGCCAGGAAAACUGAUUAUUUUCCUGGCACUGGAGUUUCCCUUUAAAUGAGAUGAAGUGGUCUUGCCUAUAGUGUCCCUUUAAGGAGCAUCAAUUAGACCUCAAAUCGCAAUUUAUGUUUUCAACACUCAGUAAUAUAAUUAAAAAAAAAUCUAAGCAAACCAUUGUCGAAUUUGCAUGAUUGACCUAAAAUGAAAGAAAAUAGAUCAUGUAUAUAGGGCAGGCAUCUUCGUAUAUUAAUUAAAGGGUGGCAAAGUGCUGAAUGAUUUCACACUCACUUAGUGAAGAGCUUCUAUAGGGUUCACUUGGAUCACCGUUACACUUUUGGACAGACUUGUGGUCAGAUCAGAUGUGUAAGACUGCUUGCUAUGAGGGCAGCAGAUCAUAAUCUUUUUAUAAUUAUUUCUAAUAACAAUAACCUGAAUCACAUUGCUUAGUAUUUAUCUAUUUCUAGAGAGUCCCUAACACUACUUCUUCCCUUACCGUGAUAACCCUCAUUACCCUGUACCCUUAUUACUCUGAGGAAGGCUGAACGUGAUGGACGCAGUCUCUUUUCAGCUAUGUAACUAUGUAACCCCAAAUCAUACUUUAAAUAUUCAGGAGUACUGUGUGGGGGUGUCAUAUUGUGUAAUUAUGAUGCUUGUUAUUUUAACAAUGUUCUAAUUGUGCUGUUUUAUUUUCACUUUAAUGGGAAUCAUGCUUAAAAAUUUACACAUAAAAGGAACAUUCUGACAUUAGGAAUACAAACAUAAAUUCCGAACAUUAGAGUGUUUUGCUAACUAUUAAGAUGUUCAGGCCUCCCAUGAAUAAUGAAAGAGUUUAACUUACCUUUAAGCUCAUGCCACACCAGUGUCGCCAGGACUGCCACUCCUCUCAGGGCCGAAUUAUCAUCCUAAAGGAAAGUCGUGAGGGGCAAGUGUGCAUGCGCAGCAAUUACUGCACUGCACCAAUCAGAAUCUUCUUUUUUGACAUCUUCGGGCUGAGCGUGAAGACGCUGAAUGUCAGGACUGCAUCACUCAGACACCUCCUAGAAGUAUCCCCAGCUCGUAAUGUUAAUACUGCCUAUUCUCAGAAAAGCCAGUGUUUGCACUCUAUGAGAAGUUUGUGAUUGAUCUGGUUUGCCAGCUUAGAGGGAGACCGGAAGGAGGCAUGGGAGUUUAAAAAACAAAAAAGAGCAGUUUUAUUGGGUGUGAGAGAGGGGAGGAAAAACGCUUCACCUCGCAGGUGAACAAAGGAAAGCUCUGCAUGUCUGUUGCCAGCGUGCUGUGCACUCUGACUGACAUAUUUUAUGCACAGAAUUGACAUCAUGUAGCUCAGGACAGCUGCGUAAGUCACAUGUGCUGCAGAUGAGGCUAGCCCCCAGCAUACAAGUACAGAUGUGCACCGUUCCAAGCAUAAACGCUGCACAUACAUACUCCUACCAGUACCACCAUGACCACUUCAAAUCACUGAAGUUAUCAUGGUGGUUCAUGGAGUAACCCUUUAACUAUUCCUUAGAAUUCAUUUGCAAUUUUCCUGUAUUGUUUAAUUAUCACGGAGGCAAGUUUCUAUUUUAUUACACAGAUUGCAUUGGAACAGCAAGCAAAAUAUUGCUUUGUGUGUCAUUUUAACGCAGCAUAUGCAAAGGAUUAUUGUAUUUUAUUGCAUUGUGCACAGUGGGUGAAGAGACAAUGGUUUUGUUACUGAAUGAAAUCCACAGAUGUCAUUAGUGCCUUGCUCAAGGCUUCGCAGCUACGACACAGGAUCACGGACACAUUCCAUGGAUUAUUGUCUUCAACACAAACGAUCUUUCUUCAUUAAAUUUUUAUAGCAGCCACAUGAUGCCUCACCAGUUGAUUGCAGAUAAGCAUAAAUUAUGCUAACUAUUAAAGGCACGGUCAGAUUAUACAAGUAACAGUACUUAAGUAAAUGCCUAGAUGCAGUCCUGCAGCUAAACAAAUUAAAUGGUUACUGUUUACAAAUGUCAGUUAGUAUGCCUCUAGUGGCUGUCAAUCAGAAAUCCACUAGAAGCACUUCCUCCUAUACUGAACUUUUCUUUGCCAACACUGACAUUUGGCUCAUGACCUCCAAAACUUGUCCACUUGACGAAUAUCAAUCCGAAUAUCGUCCAUUAAAAUGGUUUGGAAAAUGCUAAACAUUUAAACUAUUAGAUUGUUUUGUUACAUCUGAAAUGACUACCUCUUUAAGAUUAAUGUUAUUCUUCAUAUUAAUACAAAAAAUUAUGUACAUAUAUACAGUGGGACCUCGGUUUACGAAUUUAAUGCGUUCUCCGGGACGUUUCUUAUUGCGAAAAAUUUGUAAACCGAAACGCGGUUUCCCAUAGGAAUGCAUUAAAAACCAAUUAAUCCGUUCUGGAGGUCAGACAAAAGUCAAAAUGAGCUGGCAUGGAAACCAACCUACAAUGCAGAACACACAAUAAAAGGCAUGCAAACGACGAAGCUCAGCUCCAUACCUUUCCACAGCAUGAGAAAUGCACCAAAAAGUCCCUAAACAACGGCAAACAAUUUCCAGAAUGGCUCCAAAACUCGAUGCAAAAGACGCUCCAACACCUCCACACUCGAUGCCAUGUGCUACCCACAGGCUCCAGCAUGCAGAGGGCAGUGCUACAAACCACCCAGGUGCAGUGCAUCCUGGGGAAGCUUGCUUUUUUAUUGCGAAAAUUUUUUGCAAACUGAGGCAUUAUUUUCAAUGGAAAAAACUUAGGACCUUUCUGGUGUGUCCACCUUCCGGGUCCUUAGAAUUUUAGAGAGUGCAGCGCUAUAUAAUAAUGUGAGGUGAUAUUGUGUUUUCCAAUAUUUUAUAAAAAUACACUUACCCUCUACAAUAAUCUCAAGAAAUUAUGUAUAUAUAAAACAAGAAGAGAAAAUAUAUACAGAUAAUAGUGCAGUAUAUUAAAAAAUUGGAAGACUUGUAUGUAAGUGACAGAUAUGUCUAAACUCACAUUUUCUAGAGCCUUUUCUAGUUUUUAGGCUCUAAACUUCUGAGCGUCUUGUGUCUUUUUAGGUAGACUACACAACCUCUUUCUCCAGGCAAUGGUAUAUUCCUCUCCACAGCAUAUAUGGAAGACACAAAUGUAUCAAACUAAGUGUAGUAUCUCCAAUAAUAGAUGUAUUUUAGAGAAUAUAAAAUUCAAAGUGCUCACCUUUUUUAGAGCCUUUUGAUAACUGGCUCUAAGUAUACAAGCUUGGUGUCAAUUUUGGGGUGACACUGCCCCCUUCCCUGGAAUUAUUUUCAGGAUCCAAUGGGAUGAUGUAAAAAAGGGAAUAUUUAUUAUAAUAAAAAAUGUAUUAUUGGUUUUAUUAGAUUUUUGGUUUUAUAAGAUUUUUUUUGUGCAGAAAUUAUAAAAUAGUUCAGUUUUUUUUCAUCAGUUGCUUCUUUUGUGCCCUUAUCAACAUUUUGCCAACGCAAUGGAUUAAUUAAUGUCUCUUGCAUUUCUUUGCAAAAUCUCCACCAUUGGCAAUUUUCUCAUUGUCUCCAUAGCAGGAGCCAUGUAUAGAAGUAAAAAUCUAAAUGGGGAGGCCCACUUGGCCCAAUUAGGCCAAUUAGACCUAUGACUAUCAGUUCAAAUAACAGAAUUUACUUUUUUUGCAAAAAGGAACAGAGGACUAAAGCUACCAAACAGGGUGUAAUUCAAAAACCAAAAGCAAAUGAAUCCCAAGCUAAAUUCAGUCUAUUUGGAACAGAACAUGUAUCCUUGUAAUGGUAAGCAGCAGAUGGGUUUUGCCAGGGCCCCCAACAGUCUUACUGGACAGUGCCAAUUUCGGGAUUCUGUUCCACUGUCCUCACGCUGUGCAGCGGGCACUAGGACCAUUCAGGAAACCCGUUAGCAGUGUUCCCUGUAUGAUCCUAAAGGGCUGGUCAGGCACUCUGUCAGUGGGCAAAACAACCCCUUUUCUGGGCGGAUCCACCCAUCAUGGCCAUUGCUAGUGAUAUGGGUUGCAUCACUAGCGACUACCUCCUCAUGGUCCUGCCCCCCCAUCCCGAUUCUCCCCUCUCGACUGUUGGGAAGAAUGGUUUUGUAAAUUAUUUAGUGCGCUGAAAACUGAAUUGCAAAAUAUAUGUCAAAACUUGAUAUGCAGUGAAACUGAUAAAUACAAGUGAAUUCUAUAGUAUGCACAAGUAAAAAUAAUAAAUCAAGACAACUUUAGGACUAGUAAAUGUUUAAAGGGGCUGUCUAAGCAGCAUACUGUACUCAGUAGUGGUUAUGGUGCCCAAAGUCUCCUGUCCCUGUCCCACCAGGUAAGAGAUAAACAGUUUUUGAAUGGGUUGACACUAACCUGGGUCAACAGGUACCUUAUCAGUUUACUUAAAGGACCACUAUAGUGCCAGGAAAACAUACUCGUUUUCCUGGCACUAUAGUGCCCUGAGGGUGCCCCCACCCUCAGGGUCCCUCUCCCGCCCGGCUCUGGAAAGGGAAAAGGGGUAAAAACUUACCUUUUUCCAGCGCUGGGCGGGGAGCUCUAUGCCUCCUCUCCUCCUCCGAUCCGCCCCGUCGGCUGAAUGCGCAGGCGCGGCAAGAGCUGCGCGCGCAUUCAGCCGGCCACAUAGGAAAGCAUUCUCAAUGCUUUCCUAUGGACGCUGGCGUGCUCUCACUGUGAAAAUCACAGUGAGAAGCACGCAAGUGCCUCUAGUGGCUGUCAAUGAGACAGCCACUAGAGGGAAUAGGGGGAAGGCUUAACCCAUUCAUAAACAUAGCAGUUUCUCUGAAACUGCUAUGUUUAUUAAAAAAUGGGUUAACCCUAGCUUAGUGGUCUGGGUGCCUAGAGUGGUCCUUUAAGUGGAACUUCGCCAUCCAAAAAAGAUUUAUUGAUUUUGCCCUUAUUUGGUUGGAACUCAUUUUUAAAGAGUCUCAGGUUAUACUGUCAACCAAUGUGGACCAGACAAGGACAAAAAUUUGGCCUGGGUGGCUGAGUAGGAGGUCCUGAGAGACUGAGUAGGAGGUCCUGAGAGAGUCGUGUUGUGUCAUCACCAAUGACAAGUAUGCUCCCUCACCCACCAAAAAAAUAUUUAAAUUUAGUUAAUGACAGGCUUGUGCUGGAUUUGCUGGAGUCCUAAAUCUAUAAAUGGGAUUCCAGAGGACAAAAGGGCAUGCAUUUGGAGGCUGCUUGUGGGAGUGUUUGCAGAAGGAUCUGGUUUUGUUUUUGUUGUGUUGUAGGUUAGUUUGUGUGGAUAUGAGCAGUAGUGUGUGUGGCUAUGAGCUGUGGACAGAGAGAUUGUGUGUAUGUGAGUGUAGAGGAUGUAAUAUGUGUAUAGUGGACGUGGUGUGUUGUAAUGUGUAUGUCUAAAGCUGUAGUGUGUGUAAAAGUGUGUGUAUAGGGACUGUAGAGAAUGUGUGUUUCUAUGGGAUGUAGUGUGUGUUCAUUGGGGAUGUAGUGGGUGUUCAUAGUUUCAUAGUUUGUAUCAGUGUUUGUAUCAGUGUUUGUAUGUGUAUGGGGUAUGCAAUGUGUGUCUAGGGGUUGUAGAGAGUGUGUGUGUCCACGUGCUGUAAUGUAUGUAUAGGGGAUUUAGUGUUCUAAGGGAUGUAGGAUGCGUAAGGUAAGUAUUUUGUGUGUACUGAUGCAGUAUGAGUUUACAAUGGCUUUAGAGACUGGAUUGUGAGAUAGGUGUGUGUGCUGGGGCAGGGGGUUGUGUCAUUUUUUUUUAUUUUAUUAUUUUAUUAAGUAAAAAUGUAUUCUCCCCAUCCUUAAUUCUUACCCAUUGGCCAGGAAGAGGGACAUGCUGAUCCCUGGUGGCCCAGUGCUAAUAGACUCUAGUUUACACUUUCACAUAUUCUUCCACUUUGAUAGAAUCAGAAUGUUGCUGUGAGUCUGCACUUGGUGGAGGUCUGACUACCCCCUCCGGCAGUAGUUGCACUGGAUGUUAAAAUCAAGCAUGUGCAGUACACGUCCAAAAGUCGUUAAAGUGGCUCUGUGACCAAAAAUGAUUUAUGUGUUCAGGACUCGUUGAGAUCUUCUUUGUAGAGACAGCCAUAAUGAUUUGAGUGCUAUUAUUUUGGCUACCUUGGCUCUUGCUUACCUAAUGACUCACUAGUGUAUACAGCUACUGUACUCUCAGGUGAACCAUGAAAUGAUUGUUGUCCACGACAGGAGAGGGCCGGUACAUCAGAAGGGAGGACAUUUGUGUUUAAGGAAUACAGUGUGUGUGUAAGGGUGUGUAUGUGUGUGUGUGUAAGGGAUGCAGUGUGUGUCUGAAUGAAUGUGCAGAGUAAGAUUUUAUUUAAUUUUUAAAAAAUUUAAAAAAAUCUCCCCUCUUACUGACAAUGAAGGCUGACACAAAUCAUAUGACAUUACAGUGGUACUUAGACAUUCUCUUGAGAACCCUGGCACUAUGUGGUAUCGGCGUGUUGCCGAAGAGUACUGGCAGGUAUGAAGCCAGACGCCCCCCUUGCCAUACAAGCCAGCAAUGACAAGGGGAAGGAGAUCUUUGAUCUUCCUUGCCCGCGGCUGUGUGUGUUACAUAUAUAUACAAACAUUCUGAGUAUGGCCUGGUAUGUAUUGUAUGUGCGUAUAGUGGAUACAUCAAAUGCGCUAUAGGGGAAAUAGCGAAUGUGUGUAUAUAUAAUGGCUGUAGUAUAGUGUGUUUUUGUACUCCCCUGUACCCCCCUGAUAGUAGCACUGUAUAAAAGUAUAUGUAGAAUAAAUAAUGGUCAAGGCACUCAGGGUAACAGCAAAAAAUAGAAGCCUUAUUGGGGCAAAAGCAGCAACGUUUCGACAAUCCCAGUCAUUUCAUUGCUACUUUUGCACCAAUAAAGCUGCUAAUUUUUGCUACUACCCUGAGUGCCGUGACCAUUAUUUAUUCUACAUAUCUGGAAGGGGGGCCUGGCCGGCCAUGGUCCCGGAGCACCUUGAUGGUUAGGUGAGUGCGGUAUCCAGUACGUCUCUACUGUAUAAAAGUAUAGAUGUUUAAAAUGUGGACAUUUAUAAAAUGAGAAAAAGGGAGAUGUGGAUGUUUGACAAAGACUGAAUUACUCUAUUUGUAAACAUUUUGAGGUAUAUUCAUUGUUUUCUUGCCAAACGAAAAUCACAAAAUGAACCAUUGCCUGCAUAAGCAGAAAGUGUGCAAAGAAUUUAAGCAAGCAACUGAUAUGAAGAAAACAGAUGAACUUCAGGAAUGGUAAUGUGUGGGGCAAUUUUUUUGAAUUCUCUCCUCCAUCCAAUGCUGUGAGUUGGGGCUAACCAUUAGGGAAGCUGCUCGGUGGCCUUCACUGUUCCCUCAGCGGUGCAUUGAAUUGAAUCUCGAUACGACAUACUGAGGCAUAUGAGAUUCAAGCAAAACCACUUUACUACUUAAAAAUAGAUAUGGGCUUUAAGCUUGUGUUUAAGUAUGGGCUGGAGCCUUAAAAUGUGUGUGUUUCUAAAAACAAAAAACCACAGCUGUUGUGACUGAGGCUUUACUCCACAGGACCGUUUUCAAUUCAGUCCAUGUUUGUAGAUGUGUCUGAGAGAGUUGUUGGUCUCUAUCACCUGUCGAGGAGCAGUUAAGGAUAAACGAAGAGAUUUUCCUUGUUGGAGUUCUGACAUUCAGCUGUGUUAACACUAUAACCACCAAAACAACUUUAGCUUAAGGAAGCUGUUUUAGUGUAUAGAUCAUGAUCCUGCAGUCUCACUGCUCAAAUCUCUGCAAUUAAGAGUUAAAUCCCUUUUGUUUCUGUCCAUGCAGCCCUAGUCACAUCUUCUCUGGCUGUGACUCACACACCAUGCAUGAAAGAAAAUGAUUUCACCCUUUAAUUAGAUGUAACUUACUUUAAAAGUUCUUAUUGCCUGCUCUCUAAAGUGAACUGUAAUCAUACACAGAAUGCUUCUGUGGGGUCUAGCCAGCUAUCAGCAGUGCAGGGGAUAAUACAUUUUAAAUUGAAUAGAAUUUGCAAUGAAGGAAGUGUAAACAUUAGCUGACUCUUUACAGGAAGUGUUUAGGAAGGCCGUGCAUGUCACAUGCAGGGUGGUGUGACUACGGUGCAUAAAUACAGUGAUUUAACUCCUAAAUGGUAGAGAAUUGAGCAUAUACACCAAAACUGCUUCAAUAAGCUAAAGUUGUUAUGGUGACUAUAGUGUCCCUUUAAUAUUCAUUUCCUGCUUUAUAAGGAAUCCUUUAGACUGUCUCUUUGUGCAGAGUCAUCAUCAAUCUAUUAAUCCUGUAAAUAUUUGUAAUAGUAGUUUGUCUCUGUUUGUUGUUAAGUCCCCUUAAAAAUAUCGUAAAGCGAUGCAGAAUAUGUUGGCGCUAUAUAAAUGCCAAAAUAAUAAUAACAACAACUCAAUGUCAAUUUUACUUGUUCUUACCCUAAAAAGUUUCAAUCUAUGGAACAAAACUCUCUGAUGUCUUAAGAGAAAGGUCAGUAUGAUGCUAAGAGUGUCCCUUGAAAUUUUUUUUAUAGCAUUUCAUUUUUAUUAUUUGUGUACAAAGAACCACUAGUGCGUGAAAACCAUUGCUCGAUUGUUUUACUUCCUUUGCGUUUGUUCAUGUGAUUGGAACAUAAAGAGGAGCAAUCAUGGAUUCAUAUCUCUUUAACCCCUUAAGGGCCAAGCUUCUGGAAUAAAAGGGAAUCAUGAUAUGUCACACAUGUCAUGUGUCCUUAAGGGGUUAAAGGAUAUUUUAGGGUCCAUUUUUUAUUUUUACACCAUGUAGCCGUUUUAAUACAAUACUUCAUAAGUUCCACCCUUUCUUAAAAACAUGUCAGGGCUAUCAAUGAACUAGACUUUUGCCACGUACUGUAUGUUGUGCUUUGAGUACAGUGAUGACUAUAAAUAUGGAAUUCAAGGGUAGCCGGGCAACCAAUGUUGGAUUUCAGGACUCAGAUUGCUAAAAGACUGAUGGCCCAAAUUAGAAUAGAUGAAGUCUAAUUUUAGUUAAUACAGUAGCUGCUAUUGAAAUUAUAUGUGUGAAACCACAGUACAGAGUGAGUACUAUGGAAUGACUGGGAAGCAAAGAAUCAUGGGUGAUUCUAAAAUUUAGAAUUUGAAGGGGUUAACAUCAAAAGAGGGGUUCCCUCAAAAACAUAGUUAUACAUAGACACAGUUACAGGCACAUACAAAUACACACACUCACACAUACAGAGACACACAGACACACAAACACAGACACAGGCACUCAAACUAACUAAUUAUCCAUCCUUUCCUUCUUGGAUCAAAGGAUGGCACCCCCAAAACCCCUAUAGAACACUACAAGUAAUACAUACAAAAACAACAACUCCAAUACAUAACAAGCGGAGAACAGAAUACAUGGAAAAAGAGGUCAUGUUUACAUUAUGGCUGCUUUGGGAAGAUUUCAAAGUAUCGGUUCGAUGCUGACACUCCCAUCAGUAUCAAACCACUGCCACUCAUAUUGUAGUGGGGCCACAGGACUGGGUUAGAGGAUCUUCAUGAUCUAUGCCUGUCAUGACAGAGCUGUGAACAGCAUUCAGAGAGUGUAGGGAGAUUGGGGGGAGGAAGGAUUGGACUGAACAUCCUAUCCCUUCUGUCUGGCCUUUGACUGUACUCUAAUGAAGUGUAGGCAACUGUUCAUAGGUACCCUUUUCUUUUGCCUAUUUAGAAGUAAUUCAUUAAGCUUGGUUGGCAUUCUAAGGGCCAAUAAUAUGUAAUUCUAUAGUCCUGACUAUAUCCUAGAUUUUCCUGAUUCCCAUGGUUUGUCUACUAUGCAACACUGAAUAAUGCCAGCUAUGUUUAAAAGUAUCACCUGUACUGUGCAAACUGCUUAGGUAUAGAGACUUGUGGGUAGAACACCCUUCAAAAUGGGCUGAGUGCCAUGUCACCGAACCACAAUGAUGGCAAAUACAUAAAUAAUAUUUUUACUAAAAUGAUUUAUUCACCUAGUGAAUAAUUCACAUAGUGACUAGACUGUGCGAGUAUUCAGUAUAAAGUGAUGGUAAAAUGCGUGGGUUACUGUUAUAUAACUAAACACACAGUGCUAUUUUUACCCAAACACAAUUCCUAAUCUAAUCCUUAUUUUGGUAACUCAGGUCAGUUUUCUUACAGAAGCAACCUACUCUUUGCAGACUACUGCCGGAAGUGGUUUUAUUCAUUUAUAGAAAAUAAUGUAAUUGCAAAAUGGUUUAUAAAUACAUUUGAAAUAGAUUAUAGAUUCAUUGUCUACAUUACUUGUUAGUUAUGAUACGUUUUAAAAUCAUGUUUCUUGUGUAUACUAAAGAACAACUCUAAGCUUUUCUUAGGAUUUAGAUGGUAUUCUGCCUAUUUUUUUCAUUUUAUUUUUUACUUUUUAUAUUAUGCUUCAUGUUACUGGAGUCUAUGUCACUGUUCUGUCCCAUCAGUAAAUCAAGAAAAUAUAUAAUGAACAUAGUCAUUGAGAUGAACCGAGUUUGCUUCCCCUUAAUGUAUUCACCAUUGAUUCAAAACGUUUCAGGACUUUUGCCAAACUAAUUGCAUGGUGUCCUAUAAACUGAUUAGGUUGACUUGGUCAUGGAAGAAGGAAGAACAAACAUUGUAUCAAUUUAUUCCAAAAAUAGAUUUGUAACACACUUUACAUAUCAGUGGACUCAACUUGUAACAUCACACAAUGUCAAUUAGCAGCUGCUAAAGCCAGCAAAACAUUAUCAUGCUUUGAAAACUGAUGUAUAAGCAGUUGAUAUUUUGUCACUAGUAACUCAUUAGCAAGACAUCAACUAGGCUGCAAAGUAGUGCUUUAUUUAUGUCCAUUUGAAUUUAUUUACGAUAUUAAGGUAUGAGGCUAUAAUCUUAGAUUAGGCAGCCACUAAAACAGAUGAUUAAAAUCCCAAAACAAGAUAAAUGGGAAGAUUAUACCAGCUUAGGUGGGGCGACACCUGAUAAACUGUAACACAAAACAGGAAUAACAGGAAAACAAGAGCCAAGUUGUCAUCCGAAUACUCAAAAAAGGAGAAGGUCAUAAUAGGUUAACAAAAAGCACCAAACUAUGGAGCCCUGGGGCCUUUAUCCUAUAAUUAGAAAUUCCAGUAUUAGAACCAAGGGUACCAAAAACUUCCCGACUCACUAUUAUUAAUUAGGAAUUUCUCAUCCCAAAUAAUGAGUGCUGAGGGCAUUAGGUCAGCAAAGUUCGGCAUUUUAAGCUUCCCAUGCCCCCUGUACAGGGGAUAAAGGCUGAAAGAGACCUCUUACAAUUUCCCCAAAAAUCAAGAAGAUGCCCAUAAGAUUUUUUGAUUUUUUUUUUUAUCCGAGGAGACCAGUAGACCAGAUUUAUUAUCCUAGAUUGUGGGAGCUGUAGUACACAAGAAAUUGUUUUUUUUCCUACCUCUUAGUGAAUAUAGUAGUUACAACUGUAAAUAGAGGAAAUGAAUUAAUGUUUAGAGGACUGGUGUAUUUUCAAAGUGUUGCAGAGACAUUUAAGGAAAGAAAAUAAAUAUGUAAUAUUACUUAGGCAAACCAUAUGCCUUUGUACAAUAUAGACCUUUUAGGGUAUACAGGAGAUUUCUCUGCUAUUUUUGGCCUCCGCACUAUCAGCAGUCUCUUCCGUCCAAGUAGCAGAUGGCUGCAAUAAAGGAGAAAGCAUUUGUGAUUAAAACAUUUUCCAUACUCUGUCUUGUCUCAGGCUUGAGAUAUGUCUCUACUUUAACCAAUGAUACACUCGUUUUCCCAGCAUCUUCGUUGGCUGAUAAAAUUAUUCGGUUUAAUUGCUCAUGAUAUCACAUGAAUCAUAUCAUCGUGUGAUUUUUUUCUUCAAUUUUAAAAGGUUUACAUUGUUAUAUCCACAUGAUGCCCAAAUUAAAGAAUGCACUAGUUCCACUUUAAACCGUGGGUUGGAGGUUUGAUUCUAAGUAGGAUCUGCUCACCAUUAUCUACUUAAGAGGCAAAAAAAACAUCAAACAAAUGUUCUGGUAUACUGUACACUGGCAUCUAUUCAAUAAAAAAAAACAAAAAACUAAAAAAAAAUUAACAAUAAUUGGUAUUCAGCAAGAGAUGUUUCAGAGAGCAAAAGGGUUGUUAAGCAUAUAAACAAAACUUAAAAGAUGUAUAAAAUGUUAAAGGACACUUGCAAUAAUAAAAGUAAAACUAAUCAAUUUAAGUGAGAAUGCUCUCUGCUCUUUUUUUCUAUAAAUAUCUAGAACACAUUGUAUUUUCAAUAAACAUUAGGAAUGACAUAAUGCAUUACUAGAUUUUUAGCAUUAUAAAGUACAUAAUAAAAAUGCCCUUGUCUGCAGUGAAUAAUCAAGAUCAAAAGGGAAGUAUUGUGUCUAUGCACACCAGUAUGUGUGCAUUGUUAAUGUGCUGUAUACCUAGUAAAAAAUAUUCACCAAGGUUGAAAAUUGAGAAACUACUGUGGAAAGGAUUAAAUGAGAAAUAUAUAGAUCUAUGAUAAAGACAUAUUAGGACUGGUCUUACUGCUCUGGAGCUCCACAGAUUAACACAGUUAAGGGACAUAAAAGCUACUUUAACUAUUUGUUUUGGAAGGCAGAGCAUUGGCCGUGAGGAAGAUGAACUGGGGAUUCGCACUUCUCUCUCUAAUCUGGAAACAAAGUAUUAGAUUUUUUUCAGACUUUCCAAAAUUCACGUCCCGCCAAUAAUGGCGGUCUUUUUAUAUUCAUGCGAAAAAAUGACAAAAUAUUUAUAUUUUUUUUGUUGUUGAAAUAUUUCAUUAGUUUAAAGGUAUACAAAAUGCAGUUUAGCCAAAAUACAAAAGAGUUGUAAUGUAUUACUUUGAAUAACACUCAAAAUGGCAAUAACCAUCUGUAUUAUCCUAGGAAUGUGCAUUGGUGCCAAUUAUCGCAGCACAGAGGAGAAUUAAAUUAGACAGAACUCUACUUUAAUAUCCAUAUGUAAAGCUGCCUACUCCAAACUGACCCGAAGGUGGCAGCAAAGUGUAUGUAAAUAAAGUGUGCAAAAACCGCCUUGCAAUGAUUUGAAGUUCUGUACAUAAUAAUUUUCAAUGUAACUUGUAAGUACUGAACUUGUGAAAAAGCUUAAUGGAUUUUUAUCACUAAGUGAGAUUAAACCAGUCAAGUUGGAAAAAAUCUCAUAUUCCACUAUUUUUCCAAAUGAUCUAUUUUGGCCUACAUUUUGCAAUAACCUUGCAAUUCCUCCAUAAUUCUUUGCGUGUGAAAAACAUAAGAUUAGAUGAUUUAUUUCCAUAAACACAGAUGUAUUUCAAACCAAUACAGGAGGAACUGUCACACUGUAAUACGAUGAAUCCUUACCGUCUUGGCUAUGAUAAAAAACUAUUUUUAGUUGCUAAGACAGAGGGAGUCAUUUAGUCAUGGGUUAAUUCCAGUUGGACUGCAGUCUUUAGUCAGCACUUAAGAGCGCUGCUUUCCUUCUUAGUAACAUAUAUUAACCUAAGCUCUCUGAUGUGAUCUCUCUUAAUCCUAAAUUGGACAUACUGGUGGAGCAUUUUCAAGCAAGAUCCUCUCCAAAUGCGGACUCAUUGCCAUCUCAUUGUAACAAAGUUUAAUGUCUAGGAACACUCCAAUUACCAUAGCCACUGCAGCUCCCUAGAGUGGCUAUGGUGGCAUGAUUGACCUACUAUCCUUCUAGAAUAAUCUUCUGUUUGACAACGUUUUUGGCAUCUACCAGCUGCCUGAAACACCUGCAGAGAGUUUCUAUUAGCUCCAUUUAGCUAAACCCUACUGUGCAAAUACAAAAAUGCAAAAUUAAGCCUUGUGCUCAAACUCCCACUACUCCUGGACGGCAGCAAUGACUAUAGUACACAUCAGCCCCAAUAUAUAGAAUAAAAAACAAAGAAAAAAGUUACUUGCGCGUUAUCCCAAAUCCCUUCACAUAUUUAAAUAACUGGAGGUUUUUUAGUAUCACGCCAAUGGUCAAUAAAGUGUAAGCUCACCUGGCACGUUAAGGCAAAACCUCCUAGGUGAGUCCUACACUAACAAAUCACCUUGCUGCUUUCAGCUAAAACGUGAAAGGAAAAAUCUCUAAUGAGAUAUACAGGGGUAUUUUUCUAAACCCCUACACACCUAUUAACCCUUAAUAUGGAACACUUCUGUGCGCUAGUAGCCAGUGAGUGCCUCGCUGCCUUGCUGCACCGCUGGGCUUAUCUUAGUGCAUGAGCUUUCAGUUAUAGAGAAGGCAACUGUGGGUGCCUGGUGGAUCCCGGGUAAGUUGUGAAAUUGUUCUCAAAUAGUUUGACUAUUUUCCCUUGGACCAUAACCACUACAGCAGCCUGUUGUGGUUAUGGUGCUUGGAGUGUUCCUUUAAAUACAAUUUGUUUGAUCUACAGCCUCUGUCUCACCGUUGUCGGAUAAUAAGACCUAACAGAUAAAUAUGAAACUGUCAGAUAUGUAUCAGGUUUAGAAUACCACAAUUGCAAAUGUCCGGUAUAACAGUGCUUAGAAACUGGAUAAUGUCAGCGAGUUACUGAGUUUCUCAUCUGUGGCUUGUAGUCUUUUCAUAUCAUUACUAUAUUCUGCCUCUUAACAUGGAAAGCUGUCAUGUAAUUUAGGCUGAGCUACAGAAUCUACCUAAAACCCCAUUGCAGAAAUGUCGAGACAGCUGAGAAGGAGAUGAUGGCAUUUUAUUUUUAGGCUCUGCAUUAUACACACAGAGUUAUGCUGAGCCGUAUAAAUAGCUGUCUAUUAUAAAGUAGUAUAUUGUGGGACUCUCUAGUGCCCUUGGUGAGCCAUUCAUUAAUUUAACUCCGUAACAGGAAUAAACUGUGCAUUUUGGACGUUGACACAGAAUAAUAUUUUCUUGGCAACUCAACAAACCCUAAAAUGAUAUUUUUAUACGUUGGAUGGUUUGCAUGUUGCUCACAUGUACUAUUUUGCUCAAUAAAGCUGCACAUAGAUCCUGUGGGAUGUCCCUAAUUAAUAUGGAUUGUGGUGUCUGUGAACUCUUGUAUAAGAAUAUCAGCAUGUUUUAAUAACAUUUGUAGAUAACAUACAAGAUCCAGCGCACUCACUCAUUCACUAAACAGAAACACCAAAGCUAACAGAUUUUAAGUGGUUUUUUUUGUUUUGUUUUUAAACAACUAAUUUAGGCAAACAAUCACAGGGUGUUAGUUACAGUAUGUGAUCAUACGUUUCAGAAGCCUGCCUCAAUGCCAAUGUAUCCCAUUUUUGGAAAGCCGUAUCCUUGCAACCUAAUGCCUGCUCUUAUGAGAUUAACCCACUUACUUGCACAAUCCUUCCACUUCUCUCUGCUCUGGUUAGGCAUUACAAGUCAAAGUACCAAAGUAUACAAGAUGGAAAAAUAGCUGAAAUACAGAAUUUUUCUAAAUUCUCUACCAUGCUAAAAACGUGCGUUUCUAGUUCUGUAACCAACUACCAAUACAUUGAAUAACCUUCGCUGUCUUAAAGAGUGCUCUUGCACCCAAAUUUACUAUGAUAAAGGAUGUGCCACUUGCCAACCUGUGAAAAGGGGUAUAAAAGCUUACAUGUGUAACAGCAAAAUGAAACCUAUGUAACUAAAGCCUAGAUAUAAGUGUCAACGUAGAGAAUAAAACGGAUAGGGGUAGUAGAGCGCAAAAGAACUCAGAUAGGAAUAGAAAGAAAGAAAAUAAUUAGACUUCCAAGUGAAAUGUGGGAAACAAACAAUAAAAAAAACAACAGGAAAACAAGGGAAAGAUUAUCCUUAUAACACAUAUAAAGAAAGUAUAGUUAACAUUGCUUCUAUAGUCAAUUGCAUAAUUCCCUUACACAGUUCUAGUUCUUUAUUAAAGAGAUGCUCCACUGCUGUCCCUUCCCUCCCCCCUCACCCCCCCAAUAAAUAAAAAUCAUUUUUUAGUAGAUAAAAACAUGUUUGCAUUUAAUUAUGCAUUUUUCAUUAGGGAUAUAUCUAAAAUAGCUUGCAAAAACUGCUGAACUCUUGUCUGCAGACUUUGCAAAUCCUCCCCUUCUAACCCUGCCCAGACUUUCUGUGGCUGUCCAAUCACAGGUUUCCUAAUGCAGCUCAAUAAGAUGUUUUUGCAAAUCAAGUCCUUUGAGCAAUUGCUGCCUCUUGAGUUUAGCUCCACUGAGCUAACUGUGACAAACUCCCCUCUCCAAGUAAGUUUGCCACAAGCUCCUGGAGGAGCCAGCUUGCCAGCCUCCUGCCCACAGACGAUGGGCCCUGCAGGGGAACCUGUAAAAGACUACCAAACUUUACCGACUGUUAGCACUUAUUUCCCUGGAACUGUUUUGGGCAUAGGACCAUGUGCACGGGCGGUCAAAACUAUGACUUCCAGGAAAUUCCUGAACCCCUGAACCGAUCUGGGUGAUUUUUGGAUAUGUUUUUUCACCCAGAUGGGGGCUAUCAGGGGAUGUGACUUAUGAAGAUAUGUUGUGUUUUGGGGUACUUUUGGGACUUUUUUAGAAAUGUGUGUUUUUCCUGCUUGGAGAAAAUUAAGUUGAUACAGUAAUUAACUUAAUUAUUUCCCAAGCAGAGGGGAGGGAUUGUUUGCCUUGUGUGGGAGUGCCUUAGAUUGUAAAUGUGUUGCCAUUGGUUUGGAACUUUGUUAUUUGAUAAAAGUGCCUAUUUGUACCGAAAUAGAAACACUCUUUAGGAGUCUGGAGUGUCUUUUUAAGAAUUUGCAUCUUUUUGGAGUUUGAUGCUCCACGUGCAGAGUACCAGCAUACCAAAAUAAUGUGUUUGUAGAUAAAUUCAAGCAAUCUAGCAGUUGUAUUUAUAAAUAACAGCAUUUAACUGGCAAAAAGAUUAUCAGGGCUGUUCAGUAAAAUGAGAAUUGUUGAGAAUUCUAAGGGAAUUUAAAAGUAUUGUCCACAAUGGCUAAAUGAGAACUUCUCUAAGUCAACAAUUUUUUUCAUAUUGUCUAAUUUGCUCUUAUAUUUGACAUUUAUUUAGAAAUCCCUACGAUACACUAUUUAGUAAUUAACUCUGUAUGUUGCUACAUUAAAUUAUAUGGAUAAAAUUAGGCAAUUUACAUAUUUCCAAAAAUUAGAGAUUAAAUAGAAAAAGCUCUGUUGAGUGUUGUAUGAAUGUCCACUGUGACUAGAAUCUAUUCUAUGGUGUGAGGUCAUAUUGCCUCAAAUAAGCUAAAAUUAGCUAUGACCAAUACAAGUUGCAUGAUGUGCUUUCUAAUAUGUUUGUGGAAGUCAUUGAUUUUUUUUGAAAAAUUAUCACUUUAAAAAUAACUACUGGCUCAGUGAAAGCAGGAUGAGUUAUUUUUAAAAUGGAGAAGCGCUGUAAAUUCCAUUCCUGGUUGUUUAGCUCAAUGGAGCUAAACUCAAGAGGCAGCAAGUGCCUAGAGCACCUGUCUUGCAAAGAGUUCUCAUUGAGCUGCAUUGGGAAGUCUGUGAUUGGACAACCAGAAUAAGUCUGGGCGGGUUAGAAGGGGAUGGUUUGCAAAGGCUUCAGGCAAGAGAUCUGUAACUUUUGCAAGCUGUUUUUUGAUAUAUCUCUAUAAAUAAAUGCAUAUUUUAAAUUUUUUUUUAUUUGGCCAAUGGAGUGUCCAUUUAACUCUAAGGGGGAAGAUGUUUUAGAGGGAAAGUGAGGACAAUACAAAUGGUAAUUAAUUUAAUGUUAUCUGAGCUUUUCCAAUGCAAGUCCAAUCAUUUUUUACACAAAUAGUUACAUAUGUCACUUAUUUUUUUUUUUCUAAAGACUACUUGUGAGCCUCUUCUGUAUAUGCACUGUUUUAAAUCAAUAUUUUUUAAACUUUUUGCUGCAUUAUAUCUUUAAUGCAUUAAAUAAAUAAUGCAUUAAAAACAAGGGCUCAUUUAACCUUAUUGUUUCCCUUUAAACUAGUUAAAAAAACAAAACAAUCAAACGUAAUUUGCCAGUCUUUACAUCAUUACCACCAGUGGUAAUUGAGAUCAAUUGUUUACAGUAAGUACUGAGUGAACUGUUUAUCUCAUAUGCUACUGUGUUAUAAGAUCCAAGGGUUCACUUGAUAUAACUGGCUACUGUUUAUGGGCUUGUGUUGUUUAAAUCUGUUCCCAUGGCCAUUUAAUAUACAAACAGCUAAGCAGAACAUACUUUAGAGAUAUAUUUUGAUCUGCCCAUUGGCAAGCGGGAAGUAUGCAACAGGAUAGAAAGGGCAAGACUGAAAGUUGAAAAUAUAAUACAGUAACUGAAACAUAAUGAGAACACAAUCUGCUUAGUACAUUUUUUCUUAUCCACGCAAACUCAACUUUUAGAACUCAUAGACCAUUUAGUAAGCAAAUAUUAAACAUCUAAAGCAAAACAGAAUUAAGAAAACAAAACAAGAAUAUCUAUGAGAGAGGAAGAAAUAAUUAGUGGAAGAAUACAAAAGUGUAAAGGUUGAUUUAUGACACAAGGGACACGCUAGGUACCAACCUAAAUGUUAUGUAUUUUUUAGUUUUUGGCCUAAAUGGCCAUGCUCAGUUUUGUAUAGUUUGUAACAUUCUACAUCUUAACCCUGAUUCCUCUGUCUUAUCUCCCCCAUUCUAAAACAUUCCCUUCUUUGCGGAUCUUCCGUGUCCAACAAUACAGUUGUACGCGUCAUCAGAAAGCACAGCAAAGGUUUCUGGAAGUGGUAGUUCAGCCACCAGUGUAGAAAGCUGAUAAGUGAACUACAUGCUUCAGAAACCCCUGCUGACCAAAAGUGAGGCUGUGCACAGAAAGCACAAGUGUCAGCGACUCACGCCUUUUACUUAAAGAAAGAAUAUAGGAAUGGCCAGGGACGGUGCUAGACUAUUUUGCUCUCUAGGCAAGACCAGCUACUCGCAUCCCCCAAAACAAGAAUUACCUACAUUGUGUCUCUUUCUCCCUCCAGUUCAUUUGUGUGUCUCUUUUUCCCAGCCCCCCAGCUCCUCAGUGUGUCUCUUCCCUUGGCCCGUCUGUGUGCCUCUUUCUCCCACAGCUAAAUUGAGUGUCUUUAUCUCCAGCCCCCAUUUAUGUCUCUUUUUCCCCAGCCACAUUUUGUGUAUCUUUUUCCCCAGCCACAUUUUGUGUCUCUCCCACCAAGCCCCUUUGUGUGUCUCUUUCCCCCAGCUCCUUUGUGUAUCUCUCCCACCUAGCCCCUUUGUGUGUCUCUCCCCCAGCCCCUUUGCAUGUCUCUUUUUCCCUUUCCCCAGCUCCUCUGUGUGUGUCAUUGUCCCCUUCCCAAGCCCCUCUGUGAAUGUCAUUGUCCCCUUCCUGUAUGGUAAUUCUUGUUGUAUGGAUAUAUAUAUAUUUAGUUAAAAAAUAUAUAUUUAGUUAAAAAAAAAAAAAACAGAGUAUACUAUGAUUUUGCACUAUUCUGUGCACGCUGCCCAGAUGCCCAGAGUUCCAGAAUUUUCUUGAAGUGCAGUUGUCUUAUCACAUGACUCGGACUCUCUCUGGGCAUCUGGCCAGUUCUGCGGGGUGGGCUGAUGUCUUAUAUGUUUUGCGUAGUUGCACUCUUGCAUGUCACUUGGAUGAGUUAGGUAGUUGAUAAUAACAGCUCCCCCGGCCCCGUCCCCUUCCCUCUAAGCUGCUGUGAUUAAAAAUGUCUGGGCCAAAUUUUUUUCACAGUCUGGCCUCUGCUAGUGGUUGUCAUACUGACAGCAACUAGAGGCACUAAACAUGAAAUACUGGAUUAAACACAGUAAACUAUCUGAAUGGCACAGUGUGGCAUUUUGCCACACAUGCACACUAGCCUCCCAAUGCUUUCCUAUUGGCGGAGUUUCACUGACAAGACUGGCUCUGCGACAGGGAAAAGGUAAGUAAAUCUAAAAAGUGACUAUGGUACUUUGCGUUAGGAAUAUAUAUUUGCAUUCCUAACGCUAUAGUGUUCCUUUAAGCCCUUGCAGCUAAGCAUGUACAACAGUACAUAUUUCAUAGGCCUCAAUGAAAGGCUCUUAAAUGUCAAGGCUGCAUACUAGAGCUCGCAAAGCUCAAGGCUUAUGAUGCAAUGUGUGAGGUUUUGCAUUUUAUCAGGGAUUUGAGUAUAUCUUUUAAUUUAAACGUUAUCUGUGUGCUCUAUUACAAAUGGGCCAAAUCCAGCGUAGGGAAACUCUUUAAAGGAAUAUAAAUUAAAAUGCACUCCACAGGCUUCAGGUAGGAUGAUAAGAAUACUUCAGUUUAUUUAAAUGGGAGAGUAUCAAACAAUGUCAGGGCCCCCGGCUCACGGCUGCACGUUUUCGCACCCGAUCGGUGCGACCACACAAACAGGUUCAAGAACUUACCUGUGCAGCAGCGAGUCGGGAGCCGACCCGCUGGGACAUCCAUACCCUCCACACGCGGGAUCCAAGAUGGCGCCGUCGAGGUUGCAGCCAUUUGUAGCCCCGUCUCCAAAAAUCACGCGAGCUUGCGUGUGAUGUCACAACAUCAACGCACAUGCACGUUCUGGGGUCAGAGGCCAAACUCUGACCAAUCACAGCCCAGGGAGGGGUAUCUAAACCCCAGAAUACCUUAGUUCAUUUCCCCGUCGUGGUUUCCGUUCCUAGUAUCCGAGAGUGCGUUCUUGUAUUUGAGAUUCCUGGUAUUUGACUUUGGCUAUUCCUGACUAUUCUAAUUUCUGGUUUCCCUGACUUGGCUUUCUAAUUGACCUUGUGUAUUUCUGGCUCCCUUGACCUCGGCUUUCCCUUGACUAUUCUCUAUCUUUCAUCGUAUUAAUCUGGCUGUUCUAAGGACAGGUUUAAGUUCUGUCUCUUUUUCUGUUAUAUGUAGUUGUUACAUAGUUUUGCAUGUUGGAUCUUAUAGUAGUCGUGACAAACAGCCUCUAAAAAUGAAUAAAGGGCGCUACCCUAAAGAGACACUACUCCAAGCGUCAAAACUCUGCCAUAAUACAUAAAAAUACACAAGGAUUCACACCAAAGGCUUACUCAAUUACCAAAACAGUCUUUAUUACUUACAGAGUAAAACUAUAUAAUAAAACGUGAAUAGGCUAAACAUGGAAACACCAAAGUAACAUUGCAUACACAGACCCUACCUCAAUGUUUCAGCACCACAGUGCCUUUCUCAAGGGACAGCAGUCCCUGACUGUUUAGACUUCGUUUAAUACUUAAUCUAAAACCAGAACUGGUUAAUGGUGCAAAUGAGCACAAAGGAAUUAUUUAUCCAUGUAGAAAAGGGUAAACAAAUCUAUUUAAAGAUAUUCUGAUAUUCUGAUUGCAAAUCUUUGGUUGGGUUUCCAGAUAUAUCAUGUUUCUUUUGGACAGCAUAUCACUUCUUCAUGCUGAUGGGUUGGACAUGAAACAUGGUUUCAUGCAGCAAGCAAUUUCGUCAAAUUGAGGAGAGAAAUAAAUAUAGGCUGUUGCUUAAGACUUCGUUCUGUAACAUGUGAAUGCUACAUACCACUGGGCAGCCAAUCAGUAGGAACAAGGCAUAAACAAAAUAAUAUGAUUCAUUUGGCAUGCCUAAUCAAAGGUUGAAUAGACCAAUAUUUACGCAGCAUGCUAACAUGAAGUUCUGUCCCACUUGUUGAGCAAUUACAUGCAUUAAGUGGUAAAUAAUUGUGUUCUAUGUGUAACCCUUUCAGGUACGUAAGCGGAGCAAAGCUUGCCGAGGAGGACUACGGGAAAAUGAUGAGCUGGUCUCCAUCAAUGGGAAGGCCUGUGCUGGUUUAUCACACGCCGAAGCAAUGCUUAUGAUAGACUCGUCAUCAGGAAGCAGUCUUCAUAUCCGUGUAAAACGGUAAGAAGCUUCCCAUUUUAAUCCUUUUUUACAUAUACACUUGUGGUGAGCUACAGGAGUUUCUUGUCACUAGACCAUGUACCUCACCCAAUACACUUUCAUCUCUAGUGUCUCUAUUUAGACAAGUAUACUGUAUUCUGGAGAAUAAGGAUUGUUCGCAAACAGUACAGUCAGUAGCAAGAGCUAAUGCAUUUUUCAUGCAUUAUACAGAGUGCAUUUAAAUAUACAAGUAAAUAAUGAGUUAAAAACAGCAACUAAAUAAAAAAUAUACUCACUAUUGCAAAACCCCACCGCUGGACAGGGUUCUAUGGGAUAAGAACGUACCCCAAAAAGCAGAUUUAAAUGCUGCUGAAACUUCUUCUGGUUGAGGUAGAAACAUAGAAUGAGACGGCAGAUAAGAACCAUUUGUCCCAUAUAGUCUGUCCAAUUUUCUAAAUACUUUCAUUAGUCCCUGGCCUUAUUUUAUAGCUAGGGUAGCCUUAUAUCUUGCCCAUGCAUUAGGAAUACAGGUUCGUAUUCCUAACGCUAUCGAAUUCCUUUAAGUCAUACUUUUUUCUUUUUAAGAACAGAGCUGAUCGCAGUGCAAGUUGUCAUAUGCAAAGCUAUGAGAGAGCUCACCAGAAGAGAUGCAGACUGUAUGGCAAGUGUCAGCCUUGCAGGCAAACACAUGUACUUAAAUUGCCCAAAAGAAGCAUAGUCCCCUUCUAUCCCCUAUGAAAUAUUUUGCAAAGGCGGCAGAUGACUGCAAAAGUUCUAAACAAUAAGAAUAAAACAUCCAGGGACAGUGGAAUUCCUUGCUUAAUUUAACACUUUUCUCCCAAAGUCUUCUAUUAAUAGCAAACUAGAAAAUCAUGAAUAAAAGACAAGAAAAAAAACCAUUAAAUCGGUGAAUGGUUAAAAUGCAACCCUUGGUUGUUUUCUGUAGUAUACAACUGGUUAGUGAACAGGCAAAAUAUAUAACUGUUUAUUACUGCUGCAAAGUCAACAGCUCUAUGUGUCUCAAAAUAGUGCGACCUCCUCCUUCCUAGUUAAUCUCAGCAUGAAGGAUUCUCUCCCCACCUGUUGGAGAUAAAUAACAUCACUCACAGCAGCACACUAUUGCCUUUCACAUGGCAUUAGCUGCCUCUUUUGACAGCACACAUGAGCACAUUGUCCUCUGGCUGGAAGUUAGUCUUUUUGAACAGCUGAUAGGAAGCUUUGCUUGGAAAAUACCUUUGCAAUUGUAUCUAGAGCAGAGCAUGUUACAUCUUAACUUUUAUUCUACGGGUAGGAGAAAAUCUCUGAUGGGUUGUUAAUCUGAGAUGCACGUACAUGUAAUUAAAUACUUUGCUGAAUAAUCUUGCUGCCUCACCUCUAUUUCUUUUUACAAGUCAAAAUACCAUCAGCAAAAUAUGUCAUCAGCCAGGUGUAUACCUGGCCUUUUCCUAACCUCUUUGCCAUAUCCCAUCACAGGUUUCUUAGUUGUAGCUUGAUCGGUUUAUAUUGUGCAACCAUCCACUUGUCUGCAUAGACAUAAAAAUUUAUGGAAAACAGCUGAUUAUUUUAAGAUGUUGAUGACAUAUGUUGCGAUUAGGUUUGCGCUUUUCAUUUAUAUUUUUGAGCCUAAAUGACAUAUUUGUGCUGCGUUUGCUGGUGAUUUGCCUCUAGUGUCCCCGUAAGUUUAAUAUCAUCAGGAUAAAAAAGGGACAGGGCUGGGAGAGAGUGUUGUGUGUUCAUAUGGAGGCUGCCUGUGGUUUUAUAUGCUUUGAGGCUGCUUGUGAGGGUGUGUGUUUGGGUGCAGGCUGCUUGUAGUGUUGGAUGUAGAGAGACUACCUUUGCUGUUGUAUAUGCCUGUGUGUGCAGUGGCUGUGAGAUUUUUUUUUUUGUGUGUGUAUGCGUGUGUGUGAGAGUUGUGGGGGAGGGAGAGGGCAGGAGGGAGUAGCUGCAUGUUUGUGUUUUGCUUGCCGGGUUGUGCGUAUGCAUUUGCGCUUGAGAAUUUGUGUGGAUUUGUAGUGUAGUAUGUGUGGAGAGGCCUUUUAGUGGUGUAGUGUGGAGAUGGGUUGUUGUGGAGGAGAUACAGGUUGCGGUAUAUGGAGGAUUUAAUUUAUUUCCCCUUCCUCAGGCCUACCUUGGCCACGGAGUGGGAAAUCCUUAUGGUUCAGUCAGAUUUGCUAUUUGUCUGCACCUCCAGUUGUGCCACAUGGCUAAAGAUGGGAGCUCUAAAUGCAGGAAACUGGGAAUAAGGGUCAGACCUGUAGGCAAAACCAAAGUCUGCUCAAAGGUCAAAAGUACAAGCAGCAAUGCUCAAAUACAUAUAAACAGGCAAGUGGUCAAAGAUCCAAAGGGGCAGUAGGUCUGAAGCAGGGGCAAAUCUAAAAGACAGUCAGGGGACAACAGUCAAAGAUCAUAACAGGAAUACAGGCCAUAAUGAAAUUAGAUUCACACUAAAUGAGAGAACAGGAUGACUGGGCAACUUGCUCAGGUUGUUCUGUACUAUGGAAGUGAGCGCCAGUUUAGGCCACACCUCCUCAUGGCCUUCCUAUACAGCCCCCUACUAACAGCAUGAGCAGGGAUUGGGACAUUACCCAGGUUGGCUGAGAAUGCAUCAGUCUGGGAGCAGGUUUGAGCCCGCCCCUUUGUAGUGACAAAGACCCAGUCAGAUGCCCAGCUCCUCCAAGGGAAGUAUGUUGCCCCAGAAGGAGGGAGGGGUCAACACAAUGAGUCUCUGGCUACCUUGUGAGGCAUCUGAUUUCACCUACUCAAAUGGGCACUGUGAUCCCACUGGUGCCCUGCCUCCUCUGUAAGCAUCAGCACAUGAGCAGUUAAAUGUCAGCCUGAUAGAUUUGUUUUUCUCAACUGGCACUGGGGAAAGUAUCAAAGUGUUGCCAUGGUAACCUAUGGCAACACUCUCAUACAGUUGAAAGAGCAGAGAACAUGGUCUGUACCCGCAGCAGAUGCAUAUUAAAGGGACACUAUAGUCACCAAAACAACUUUAGUUUAAAGAAGCAGUUUUGGCAUUUAGAUCAUGCCCCUGCAGACUCACUGCUCAAAUCUCUGCCUUUUAGGAGUUAAAUAACUUUGUUUAUACAGCCCUGGCACACAUCCCUGCAUGUGACUUACACAGCCUUCCAAACACUUCCUGUAAAGAGUCAUCUAAUGUUUACACUUCCUGUAUUGGAAUUACUGUUUAAUUUAGAAUUUCCUAUCUCCUGCUCUUUUAAUAGCUUAUUAGACCCUGCAGGAGUCUCCUGUAUAUAGUUGAAGUACAACCACUUACACAUCUGUAGGGCUCCCAGUGCCCGGACUGCCAUCACAGUCAUUUACACAUCUGUAGGGCUCCCAGUGCCAGGAUUGCCACCACAACCACUUACACAUCUAUAGGGCUCCCAGUGCCAUAACUUUCCCUCCCUCAGAAAUUCAAAGCACUUCGGCACUUCAGAAAUUCAGACCAAUGUCAUUUGAUUCGGCACUAUCGAACUUCAAAACUUCUGCACUACGGACAUUCGUAAGCAUACGAAUUUCACGAAAUACAUCCGAAUGUACAGUCAGAAUGAAACAAAUUGCACAUGUCUAAUCAACAUAGAUCAGAAAAAUAUCACACCGAACCAGAGUAAAACCAUUAACUAAUGCUGGCAGUUAAUUAGAUAAGAUCAACACAGUUGCGUUCACUGCUGCCUAAAAUACGUUUCAUCUCAUGCAAAUAGUUAAAUAAACUAUUCUUUACCAUCCAAUAACCAUAAGAAGAUCCUAAGCCUUAAAGCUUUACUGCAGUUAUUUAACAACUAAUUACCACUCAUUCCAAUCUCUUAUUCCUGAAUUACUAAAGAUGUGUCUAAUAUCUCUGGAUAAUUGCUUGAUAUGCUAAAUUUGGCAAAUUACCAGUGAACCAAUAUAAUACUUUAAUUUCAGUCUGAAAUCCUGAAUUAUAUUAUUUGUUUAAGCUAAUUAUGAUUCCAAAUUUUGAACUCUGAUCAGCAUUAUCCAAGUAUAUUUCUGUUUUUUUUUUUUUAUAGAUAUAAUUAAAUUAAACCAUCAUAUUUACUCAUCUGGUAGAGAUAUUCUUUGUAGACAUUCUGUGGCUGGAGAUAAUCCAAUGGAUGUAUGAGUAAAGUAAGAGUGUUCAAAGAUGGAGUAUUUGGAAUAACAAAGUUAAAGAAUUCCAGAAGUGCUCUGGCUAUCAAAGAAUUCUUAGAGUCCACAGAAUUCCAGAGGGAAAAGGUGUGUCUUCAAAAGUGUUGAGCAUCUAUUCCCGAGUGUAUGUCUGUUUCUCAUUUUCUUUUUCUUCUACCAAGUGUGUGUUCUUACUUUUAAGAAAUUCUCUUAUCUCUAUUUUUCACGUCAACUUUUUAAAGUGACCAAUGGAAUCAGAUGGGAGUACACCAUUAUAAUGAGUGCUAACCUAAUCCUAGUGUUCAAUUUCAUGGAUAAUAACCAAGAGAUGUUGCAAUUGUUUCAUGAUUAUUUUCAUCACUAUUUCCAAGGGAUUAACUACUUUCAAUGAUGAAAUUUACAUGAAAAACUUUACAGCCAAUCAGUCACAGGCGGCUGUCAAUUUUCAAAGACUUUGGCUUAGUUUUUAACAGACAUAGAAGCAUGAAGUCUCAUUGUAAUUUAAGUAGUUGGCAAGUUUCAACUUCGUCUUACAAUGGGACCUUAUAGAAACCUUCAUUAAACAUAGACUCCCUUGUGAUUUAAUUAAUUGCUGGUAAGCAGUAUGUCUUAUGAGCAAUUUUCCACUAUUUAUCUGAUACUGAAUUUCAGUCACACUGACCAUCCAUUUUGUUAGACUAAGCGUGUUACUGAUAAUUUGUUUAACAUAUGAUGUAUAUAUCUUUAAUACACAUAUAGCUAAUAUAAUAUAAAAAAAUCUAUUCAAAUUACUAUUUUCAAUACAUAAAAAAAUAUUUAAAGAGGAAUAUUAUUAUAAUAUAUAAUUAAAAAAAAAAGCUUUGGCUUUUUUUUUUCUUUUAUCAAACUCUCCUCCUUUUCUUCCUAACACUUUGGUUUCUGUCCAUGCAGUAUUCAGCUGCAAUAAAUGUAGAAUGUUAUCUUAGCCACAUUCCAAGGUUUUAAUGACCUGGACUGUGAAUAAGAGACACAAGCCUCAUCUCUUUUCACCAAAUUAAUAGAGUUUAAGAGAAGGAAAAAAACGUCUCUGUGUCUUUUACUUUCUGCUAUUUGUAGGCAAAAUAGAGUCACAUUUGCUAAACAGUGAUUACAGUACUACAAUUUGAUUUUAUAUCCACAAGAUGUCUAACAAUAUAUGAACAGGUAGUUAAGCCAAAGUUCAAGGAUAAUAGAACGGAGAAUGGUCAAGAUACAACCCAGGGUCAGAUAAAAAAGAUACAACUAGCGCUACGGAAUUUGUUGGCACUAUAUAAAUAUAAUAAUAUUAAUAAUAAUAACUAUAGGAAACACACUCUGGGAUAACCACUGAGGGAAACCAUGAUAGGGCACAGCAUAAUUGCCAAAAUUAUUUCAUAUAGCCCUAGGAGGGUAGUAAUUGGUUAUUAGUGGUCAUGCAAUGCCAGAAGGUGCGUCUGGUCAGGAAAGUAGGAGCCAAAUAAAAGCUUUGAUUUGCAGCGAAGGAACUCAGGAGGAGAGUGCUGUCACAGUGGGUGGAGAUGGAAGUGACACUACAGGCAAGAAAACGCUGUUCAUGGGAGCAUGCCGUAAAGUGCCAAAAAAAAAGUCCUGAUCCGGAGUCGAUUAUGUUUUGUUGACAAAAUAAUCUUUGAAAGCUCCUGUAAAGCCCCCUAAGUUAUAGAGUGGUAGACUUGGGGUAUGUGAGCAACUAACUUACUUGAAGUUUAGUCUUGGGAUGGGUACUGUGCCUGAUUCAUUUUCAUUGGCAGAUAAAAAAUUUUUAUAGCACUAACGAUAUUUAUCUUAUGCUACAGUAUGACAUUACAGUUGUCAUACCAGGAAUGCUGUGAUAUAAGAUGACUAGUGAUGUCCCGAACUGUUCGCUGAACUGUUCGCGAACGGUUCGCCACGGUUCGCCAAGAACUCCGGUCAGCAGACACAUUCCAGCUCAUCAGCAGCAGACCCUCCCUCCCAGACCCUCCCAGCUCCUGGACAGCAUCCAUUUUGAAGCUGCAUUCUUAGUGAGCUGUCCAGGAGGUGGGAGGGUCUGGGAGGGAGGGUCUGCUGCUGAUUGGCUGGAAUGUGUCUGCUGACUGGAGUCUGCGGCGAACCGCGGCGAACCAUUCGGCGAACAGUUCGGGACAUCACUAAAGAUGACAUAUCACGAUUUGCCUAGCUCAAUGCCUGAAGUGGUUACAUUUGUUAGUAUUGUGCGUUAUAGAUGCAUUUAUUAUCUACAGACAGGCUAAAGGGACAAUAUAGUCACCCAGACCAUUUAAUCUCAACGCUUUCAACGCUUUCCUAUAGGGCAGCUUGAUUGUGCGUAUGGCACUCGCCACGCACAUGCAUCAAGUCCCUAAUGUACAUCUAUGAGGAGCAAUGCACUGGACCAUGCCGCAGGAGUCCAAUAGGGAUAGGGUUUGUAUUCCUAAAACACUAUAGUGUUGCUUUUCACAAUACACCUCUGUAUUAAAACUUUUACACUCCAAACAAAUACACACCUGACAUUGUAUACUAAUUAAAGCAAAAUAUAUGUGUGAUGAGUAAUUUUUUGGGUCUGAUCAGCAGCAGAGAACUUUCCAUUUUGAGCUGUGUUCAUUUGAAUUGUAACUGAGCACCACAUUCUCACACAAUCUGGAAUUUAUUUAAAGGAACACUAUAGGGUCAGGAACACAAACAUGUAUUCCUGACCCUAUAGUGUUAAACCCACCAUUUAAGUGGCUUGUCCCCCUUCAGUCCCCUUAAAAGGAUUUAAAACUCAACUUAAAGCUCGCCCCCGAUCCUGAAAAUGCCUCAAGGCAAUGAUUAUACUCACCAGAACAACUACGUUAACCCCUUAAGACUGGAGGGCGUACAAUUACGCCCUAUUUUAGGCGGCUCUAAACGCCGCCGGGUGUAAUUGUACGCGUAAUUCUUUACUUACCGCGGCACGUCCGACCCCCUGGAAGCCCCCCGGCCAUGUGAGAGUGGGGUCCUUGUGAGGACCCCACAAUCACAUGGCCGGGGGUAGCUGCCUCCUGCAUUGCCAGCAGAGGGGCUGCCUGUAAUGACAGGUGGUCCCCCUGCUGGAUAAAAAUAAAAUUAAAAUAAAUUAAUAAAAAAGUAAAGUGUAAAAAAAAAUACAAAUAUAUACUUAGAUCAUAUAUAUAUAUAUACUUUAUAUAUAUGAUCUAAGUAUAUAUAUACACAUAUACAUACACACACAUACACUGUCUAGGUGUAUUUUACUAUUUAGAUAUAUAAUUAUAUAUAUAUAUUAAUAUCAAAUUACACGUAGACUGAUACUGAUUAAAUAUAUAUAUAUAUAGAAUUAUUGUUAUAUAUAUAUUUAUAUAUAAUAUAAAAAAAUGAAAUAUGUAAAUACGUUAAAAAAUAAAAUUAAAAAAAUAAUUUAGAAAAAUAAUUAAAAAAUAUAUAGAUGUGUGUUAUUUCGUGGUAACUGUAUUGUGAUAUUAAUAUAUAUAUUUAUAUCAAAAUACACGUAGAAUGAAAUAAUAUAUAUAUCUACAUACCUAUAUAUAAAUAAAAAUAUUUUAAAAAAAUUAUAUAUAUAUACACAUAGAUUCACAUACGUGUAUAUAUAUAUAUAUAUAUACAUAUAUUAAUUCUACAUAUAUAUUUAUGUAAUAUUUUUACAUAAUUAGGUAUCUUAAUAAAUUACAAUUAGCGGGACCUGCCUGACAACCCAUGCCGAAAGUAAAGGGAAUUUAAUUUGCUAGCACUAUAUUUAACCCUAUAACUUUCCAAGAUACCAUAAAACCUGUACAUACUGUUCUACUCAGGAGACUUCGCUGAAUACAAAUAUUAGUGUUUCAAAACAGUAAAAUGUAUUACAACGAUGAUAUCACCAGUAAAAGUGACGUUUUUUGCAUUUUUUAUGAACAAACAGCAGUUACACGGACGAUAUUAUUGCUGUAAAACUUUUUACUGUUUUGAAACACAAAUAUUUGUGUUCAGCUAAGUCUCCCGAGUACAACAGUACCCCUCAUGUACAGGUUUUAUGGUGUUUUCAAAAGUUACAGCGUCAAAUACACGGCUUGCGUUUCAUUUUUUUCACAUUAAAAUUCGCCAGAUUGGUUACGGUGCCUUUGAGACCCUAUGUAGCCCAAGAAUGAAAAGUACCCCUAUGAUGGCAUACCAUUUGCAAUAGUAAACAACCCAAGGUAUUGCAAACGGGGUAUGUCCAGUCUUUUUUAGUAGCCACAAACACUGGCCAAAAUUUCACACAAACAAAUACUAACGCUAACUUUGGCCAGUGUUUGUGACCAAAUGGCUACUAAAAAAGACUGGACAUACCCCAUUUGCAAUACCUUGGGUUGUCUACUAUUGCAAAUGGAAUGCCAUUAUGGGUGUAAAUUUAAUUCCUGGGCUACUAUAAAGUCCCAAAGGCAACGUAACCAAUCUGGCGAAUUUCAAUUUGAAAUGUAACGUGCUAUAUUUGACCCUGUAACUUCCCAAAACGCCAUAAAACCUGUACAUAGGGGGUACUGUUUUACACGUGAGACUUUGCUGAAUACAAAUAUGUGUAUUUUAUUGCAGUAAAAGCAAACAGUAUUAUGACAUUGACAGUUAAAAUGUCAUGUAGAACUAAAAAAAUUUAAAAAAAUCUUACUUUCUCCCAUUUUUUUCAUAUUAAAUUAUGUUUCAUAGCUAAAUAUUUGAUAUUAAAUGAAAGCCCUGUUUCUUCUGAAUAAAAUGAUAUAUAAUAAGGGUGGGUGCAUUUACUAUGAAAGAGUUGAAUUACGGUUGGACAGACAUGUAGUGCAAAUGCCAGGUUUUGUUUACAUUUUGUUUCGUUCACAACGUGUACAUUUGGCUCCGUCCUUAGGGGGUUAAGCUGUAGUUUUGGUGACUAUAGUGUCCCUUUAAAGUAAAUAAAUAAAUAAUAGGAUUCAAUCACAGUAACACUACACUAGGCACACUAGGCACUAGGGAUGGCCACCAGGACCUUGGACCCGAGACCUUAAUGGAUACACUACACACUGUAAGUUGAUGUCAAAUAGCCCCACCCUCUCUCUUCCGAUUGGCCCAGGGGAUCUGGCCUCCUUAACAGCAUUAUAGGUCACCUAUCUAACGACUUGAAAAUGGAAAUAAUUGAUAAAAUUAAGCUUAUAUUUAUUGGUAUCUCCAACAAAACCAGUGUUUAAACAUUAAAAAGCAUUAUAUACAGCAGAGGUUAAUCCACUGAUAUGUUUAGUAGGUAGGAGAGGGGGCAGCUUUCAUGGACUGUUAAAAAUAUUAGAAUAAUUGUAUUAUAGCUUUACAGCUUCAAAAGAUGAUGUGUGUUGAUUUUGUCUUGCUUGUGUACAAUUAGUACGUAUAUAUUGUUUUCAUUAGAGUCAAGAUAUGUAUCCUGAACAUCAGGAUUGCAUGUAUAGAUAGCUGAUUCUAAGCUGAUCAGUCCACCGAAAUGGUUUAAUAAAGAGGGUCUGAAGGUUUUGAAUAAUCCUGUUUCAUAUCACGUAGAGGAGCUCCAUACCAUAAGACACUUACCUGAAGAUACUUUAUUCUGAAACGGUCCCUUGAAAAACAAUAUUUGUGUGUUGUAUUUCCUGUUUUUGGGACAUCAUUAAAUUGUUUUCUUUUUAUGCAUAUAUAAAUACCACUUAUUAACUGAACGAUGUCACUUUAAAGGAACACUUUAGCCAUAAGGCUAUUGUCUUCCCCAACCCCUCUCCCGGUGUGGAAAGGGGUAAAAAAAAAUUAUAAUUACCAGGGCCGUCAUUAAUGCAGGGCAAACAGGGCAGCUGCCCCGGGCCCUGUCCCAGCUGGGGGGCCCGAGGUAACUGCCCUGUUUGCCCUCUGCCUGCAAACUAUGGGGGCCCAUUGGGUGGCCCAUGCACUUAGGGCCACCCAGUGGGCCUGUGUCAGCAGGGGCCCGGUCGGGCGCUGUGGUGCUUUAACAACGCGACCGGACCCUUGCUUUUUCGGCAGCACUGGGAGGAAGUGACAGCCGCACGUCACUUCCUCCCACAGAAACAAGAGCCGCGCGGGAGGAAGGAGGACCAGCUGUUCCGGAGGUGGCCAGGCCGGGAGAGCUUAACUCCCAGUCACCCCAGCCAGCCCACUGGACCCCAGGGAAGCCACCCUCCAGGAAAAGGUAAGAAACUGGAGGGUGGUUAUCAAAUUUUGCAUGAGUGUCUGUGUGUGUAUGUGUGUGUGAGUAUGUAUGUAUGUCUGUCUGCCAGUGUGUCAGUAUGUCUGUCAGUGUGUCAGUAUGUGUGUAUGUCUGUCAGUGUGUCAGUAUGUCUGUGUGUGUGAGUCUGUCAGUGUAUGUGUGGUUCUGUAUGUCUGUGUUUGUCAAUAUGUCUGUCAGUGUCUGUGUGUAUGUGUGUUUCAGUAUGUCCGUCUGUGUGUAUAUGUGCCAGUAUGUCUGUCAGUGUGUCAGUAUGUCUGUGUGUGUGUGAGUCGGUCAGUGUCUGUGUGGUUCAGUAUGUAUGUGUGUAUGUGUAUUUCAGUAUGGCUGUCUGUGAGUGUCAAAAUGUCUGUAUGUAUGUGUACGUCUGUCAGUGUCUGUGUGUAUGUGUGUUUCAGUAUGUCUGUCUGUGUGUAUGUGUGCCAUAAUGUCUGUAUGUCUGUCAGUGUGUCAGUAUGUCUAUGUAUGAGUCUGUCAGUGUCAAUGUGGUUCUGUAUGUCUGUGUGUAUGUGUGUUUCAGUAUGGCUGUCUGUGUGUGUCUCUGUGUCAGUACGUCUGUCAGAAUGUGCCUUUGUAUCUGUAUGUUGUCCGUUUGUGUUUGUGUGUGUAUCUAUAUAUAGUCAGUGUGUAUCUGUAUGUGUCCGUGUUUGUAUAUGUAUAUCUCCAUGUGUGUCAGGUUGUGUAUCUGUGUAUCUGUGUGUUUGUAUGUGUGUCAGUGUGUGUGUCGGUGUAUCUAUAUGUAGUCAGUGUGUGUACCUUUGUAUCUGCAUGUAUCAGUGUUUGUAUCUGUGUAUCUGCAUGUUUGUCAGGUUGUGUAUCUGUGUUUGUGUCUGUGUCAGGGGCGGACUGACACCUCACAUGGCCCUCGGGCAGUGGGUGAUCAAGGGCCUACCCUCCUGGUCCUUGUACAAGGUACAAGGUUUUCUGGUCCCCUGCUAUUCUUCUCCCCCUUCUUUCUGCUGCUUUUACACAUAUAUUAUGUGUAGGCUGCCCAGCACACAGAAUGGCUGUGUGAGAGCCACACAUCCCUGACUCCCACAUCACUGAGUGCCCCCCAAAAUGGCCAGAUUUACUUUUAAGGGGUUAAUCCAACCAAAACCUGUGUUUUAAUAAACACUGUUUUUAGAUGGAGUAACCCUUGCUGGCGUGCCUCCCCAGCAAUUAAAAUAAAGAAAUAAAAAGCAAAUUUAAUUACACACUUCCACUGAUUUUUCUUAGGACAUCACAAGCAGCAUCCCCCACAUGUACAACCUUACUUUGGAGUCUACUUGUGGGGUUGCGUGUGUGGGGAUGUUGCUAGUGAUGUUGUGUUCCUGUAUGUCAAAGUGUUGUUAGGAUUAAUCCUUUCUCUUGUUUUACCUAUUGUACAGCGCUGCAGAAUAUGUUGGCGCUAUAUAAGUGAUUGUAAAAGUUGUGUGUGAAGGCUGUGUGCAGUAUUGCAAUGGUGGGUAUGCUGUUUGUGAUGUGUAUGUGAAGGGAGGCUGCAUGUAAUUUUGUAUGUGUGGGGAUGCUGCUUGUGGUGUGUCAAUACAGUGAGGCUCCUUGUGGGUUUUUGCGUGUGUGAAUGGGGCUAUUUGCAGUGCAUUAUGUGAGUGGAGAGGGCUGGCUGUGUUGCAGUGUCUGUGGAAUAGAAUCUGUAGUAGGCAUCUGGUGGUUACUGCGGCUAUAGUGUGUGCGUGUUUGGGUAAUAGAGGCUCUACUGUGUAUAAGUUGGAUAGUGGCUGUAGUGUGUGUAGGGGGAUAAAUGCUGAAAUAGGUGAAGGGAGGCACAGGGGCUGUGGUGGGUGCGGGGAGGCACGGGGACUGAAGUGGGGGUGGGGCUGGACAGAUUAUGAGGUGGGACAUAGAGGUUGUGGUGGGCGCAGGAGGGGACAUAGGGGCUGUGAUGGGUACUGAAAGAGAUAGGGGCUAUGGUAGUUGGAGGUGGCAUAAGGGAUGUGGUGGGAGCAUAGGGGCUUGGGUGGAAACAUGGAUAGGUAGGUCCUGGGGUGAGUGUUGGGAGGAAUGGUGGCUGAGGUGAGUGCAGAGGGGCUGAGGUGGGUGCAGGAGCAGCUGUGGUGGAUGCAGACAGGGCUGAGGUGGGUGCAGGGGGAGCUGUGGUGGGUGGAGGGGGGCUGAGGUUAGUGCAGGGAGACAGGCAGCUAAGGUGGGUAAAGGGAGAGCUGAGGUGGGUGCAGGGGGAGAUGUGGUGUGUGCAGAAGGAGCUGUGGUGCGUGCGGGUAGACAAGGGGCUGUUGUGGGCACAGGAUGGGACAUAGAGGCUGUAGUGGGCACAUGGAGGGAGAUAGUGGCUGUGGUGGGUACUGGAAGGCAUAGGAGUUAUGAUAGGUGGAGGUAGCAUAGGGGCUGUGGUUGGUGCAUAGGGAAUUAGGUGGGUACAGGGAUAGGUAGAUCCUGGGGUGAGUGUAAGGAGGAAUGGUGGCUGAGGUAGGUGCAGGGGGAGCUGUGGUUAGUACAGUGGGGCUGAGGUGGGUGCAGGUGGAGCUGUGGUUAGUACAGGGGGACUGAGGUGGAUACAGGGAGACAGGGGGCUGAGGUUGGUGCAAGGGGAGACGUGGUGUGUGGAGGAGGAGCUUAGGUGGGUACAGGGGGUUAAGGUGGGUAUUGGGGGCUGCGGUGGGUACAGGGGGGCUGAGGUGGGAGCAGAGGUGGAAACAGGGGGCUGAGCUGGGGGCUGAGGUGGGUAAAGGGGGUUGAGGUGAGUACUGAGGGGCCGAGGUGGGAGCAGAGAUGGGUACUGGGGGCUAAGGUGGGUACUGGGGGAUGAUGUGGGCUCUGAGGUGGGUACUGGAGGCUGAGGUGGGUACUGGAGGCUGAGGUGGGCACUGAGGCUGAUGUGGGCACUGAGGUGGGUACUGGAGGCUGAGGUGGGCACUGAGGUGAGUACUGGGGGCUGAGAGGUGGGUACUGAGGGGCUGAUGUGGGCACUGAGGUGGGUACUGGGGCUGAUGUGGGCACUGGGGUGGGUACUGGGGGCUGAGGUGGGUACUGGGGGGCUGAGGUGGGCACUGAGGUGGGUACAGGGGCCUGAGGUGGGUACUAGGGGCUGAUGUGGGCACUGAGGUGGGUACUGGGGCUGAGGUGGGUACUGGGGCUGAGGUGGGCACUGUGGGUACAGGGGCCUGAGGUGGGUACUGGGGCUGAUGUGGGCACUGAGGUGGGUACAGGGGCCUGAGGUGGGUACUGAUGUGGGCACUGAGGUGGGUACUGGGGGCUGAGGGGCACUGAGGUGGGUACUGGGGGGCUGAUGUGGGCACUGGGGUGGGUACUGGGGGCUGAUGUGGGCACUGAGGUGGGUACAGGGGCCUGAGGUGGGUACUGGGGGCUGAUGUGGGCACUGGGGUGGGUACUGGGGGCUGAGGUGGGUACUGGGGGCUGAGGUGGGCACUGAGGUGGGUACAGGGGAGCAGAGGUGGGUGCAGGGAGACAGGGGGUGCUGAGCUGAAUAAAAAUUAGCUUACCUGAGCUGUCUGCCAGGCUGCUGCAGCUCCUUAUCCUCGGGUGCUCUUCAGGCAGUGAAGUAUAAGUGGUUUUUAUUGCCAUUUUAGAGCUAUUUAUGGUUCUGUUUUGAGUAUUUUAUUAUACGAUUUAUUUAAACUAUUUUAAGUGUCUGGUAGGAGAUCUCCUAGUACGUGUGGGCUUUUUCACCUACUAUUAUUCAUUUAACUCUCUUAGCUUUUAUGGGGGCUUUCUUUUACUAGUAUAGAUUUCCUACCUGUCUGUUUCUAUCCCUUCUCCAUCCAUUUUUUCCACUCCCCAGGGUCAGUGUAUUCUGCCCAUUACUUGUAUUAGAAAACACAUGCCUUAUGCUAAUGUUUCGCUUUCAUUGCUAAAUAAAUCCAUACCCCCUAACAAAAGUGUCUGGUGAAGCAGGAUUUCGAAGGGCGGGGUAAAAGGGUGGGCCACUGAUGUGAAUGACGUAACCAGAACCGCCCAAAAGGACUAACAUGCCCAAAAAGAUGGCGUGUCUGCACAAAGAAUUAGAUGGUCAGCCUGGCGUGAAUGCAUGUCAGGCUGCCUACCAAUCAUGCAGGAUAACCAACCAAGGGCAUACUGUGCAGACAGCACCCUGAGCUUGGCAUAAAUGCGUCUAAUGAUGCGCUAUCUCUAGGCUUUAUAAGCACUUGCUGGUCCACUCCUCCCCUUACCUUCUUACUGGGCAGCAGAAGCAGAAGUUCCUCUUAUACAGUCUGCGACAGAGAAAAAGUGUAUGUAGUGAGUGUAGAAGAAACAUGCCACAGUCUUAGAGAGCAUUCGCAUAGUGCGCAAAGUCAGCUUUACCUUAACUAAUUUCAUGGUCAGUCAGUCAACACCAGUUUUGAUCCCCUAUACCCCACUUAAGUUCCCAUAUUUAAAUAAGAGCAUGUGAAGAGUUGUAAAAAAAAAAAAAAAACUUAUGACAUUUAAAAAAAAAAAUCAAUGGGCCUAUUCCAUAAGCAUGGGCCUGGAGCUGCAGCUCCAUCAAAGGCCGUGCCUCUUUCCAGUGCUCAGGAUAACUUGACACUAGCUUCAUCUCCACCUCCUGUUAUGUUGGCAAUGGAGGUAAAACUAAUGUGCAAGCGUGGUGAGCAUUGCACGCACAUUAGGCCUUCUUCAUAGAAAAGCAUUGGAUCAAUGCUUUCGUAUGGGGAUUUUGAAGACGCUAGAUGUUGUCAUGAGAACAUUCAGCAUAGUUUCACUGAGUUACUGAGUGUGAGUUAGUUUCACUGAGUCUGUAAAUGUCUGUAAAUGCCAUUAGAAGCAUGCUUAACCUUCCAAUAAAACAUUUUGCAUUGCAAGGCUAUGGGAACAGGGACACUGCACCUAGACCACUUCAAUGAGAUGAAGUAGUCUGGGUGACUACAGUGUAAAUUUAAGAAAUUGUCCCACAUUGGAUUUGCAUGAAACCAAAAGAAAAAUAUGUAAAAUAGACGUGUGCAGGGAGAAUAAUUUCGGUUCUUCUGAAACAAUUUUUGGGUCUUUUUUUAGUUCAUGCUACCAUUCGGCACUGCCUAAUUUCCUUAACAAAAAUAUAUUUUGGAAAGCCUUUCGUACAAGAAAAAAAAGCUGCCCGUGAUUGUGAUGCAAUACAAAAACUGCUACAAUAUUGCCUGACCUAAUGGCUACACAAUACCAGUCAUUUUUGCAAUGCCAUUUCUGAGUUUAUUUUAAAAGAAAUCCAGUUUUCAAUUAUAUUACUCCUGCUGCAGCUGCUCCCCAGUUGGUAGAAACCAUGGUAGGGACCUGUUUUUUCCCUACACUGAAAAAUGAUCAGCCAUGCUACUGAACAAAAAAAACAAAACAAAAACCCAAACAUUUCACAUUACAAUCACAAAAACCCUCCCCAAAAAACAGACAUUGUCCCUGCCUGUAGUUCUUUCAUUGCUACACUAGAGGGUGAACAGGGACUAUAAAAUAAAUAAGGAGCUGGUUUCACAAUGUCCUUCAUAGUCAUGAAAUGAGAUCACUAGAAUGAAGUACAAAUUAUUUUUAACAAGCGCUGUUGCUGUCUAUAAAGGAAAGUGACACACAGGAAAACUUGACAAAUGUCAUGUUUUCCUUUUGGCCUUUUGGUGAUGAACAAUAUGUCAUCUAUUUGGAACAUUGGAUGUUCUGGAAUAUUCUGGAUAUUACAUGUAUGAUAUGUAUUACACAUGAUUUAAUAUAAUCAUUAUUAUUAUUAUCAUUAUUAUGAUUACUCAUCAGGUUCAUCACAAGUGCUAAAUACUUAAACUCUAACAGAGCUAUUCACAAAAGUGAGAAUUUAACUUGAAUUCAAUAUUUAAGGCCAGAGUAACCAAUCUAUUUUAAACAUACAUUUGAAAUUCACUUUGCCUUCUCUCUUUAGUGAAUAGUAGGUCUUUCUAUAAAAUUUGGAAAUACAUAAACUCAAAUUGCUAUUUUAUUAACGUUGUUCUUUUAAACCUCCUAACAGGCUGUGGAGAAUAGUGAGAAACUUGGCCACAGGAAUGUCAAUAUUACAGCUUAGUAAAUCUCCACACGUGUUAUGUUCUCCAAUGUGAAGUAUUUUAGUAAAAGCAUUUAUAGUUGUCUUAGUAUUACAUCAUUUAUUCAACAUCUCCCUCAGAAAAAUUUUGAUUCAUGGAUAGAAAACAAAAAAAAUAUAAAAAAAAUAAAACUAUAGCCUUCAUUUAAUAUUUUUAGAUAUGCCUUUUUUUAAAUAUUAAAAUAUCAAAAUUAUAUCAUGUAUUAAAAAAUAUAUCAAUGUAUUAAAAAUAUAAAUAUUAAAAUAUAAUUAAAAAUAUGAAAUAAUUUUAAAACAUUAUCCAUAAUUAUUAAAUCAUUUAAAAAGCAUAUUCAAAAAUACUAAAUUGAGGCCUGUACGUUUUUAAAAAUGUUUUAAAUGCUUCAAUAGUCUUUAUUAUUUUUUGCUACAUAUUUCAGGCUUUCCUGAAGCACAUUAUACAAUGGCAUCUGAGACAUGUUAAUUGUUUAAGCAUGACCUUUGUCACUUCUUGUACCUGUGCACAUGGAUUUUAUUAAUAUCAAUUCCACAGAGCUGGGGAAAAUGCAUAAUAAUAAUAAAUACAAUAUUGGCAAUUAACUGGUUGUUUAUCUGUCUGUGUCUGUCAGUCAAUUGUUUUCAUUCUUUUUACAUUUUUUUUGGUUUAGUUCACAGCACUUGACAAAGAUGCAGACAGACAAACAAUGCAUCAAAUUAGGAAAAAGGGGUAUUGGGUACAUGUCAGAGAAUAAUAUUUGUUUAAGUAUAAGAAGCAGGAAUUAAAAAGCAAAACUAAUUGUAUCAUUUAGACAAAUUAACAUUUUAGGGUUUUCAGGAGUAGGUCUGUUUUAAUUAACAUAAUCUAUCAUUUUGAUUAUUAUCAUGUAUUCCUGUACAGUAUUUAUUUAGUCUUGGGUUUGCUAUUUUGGAAAUAUCCUUCUUUUUUUUUUGAUAUGACAUGAUAUGAUAUUGGUACAUUCACUGCUAGCUUAAAGAUUUAAAUAAUGAGUGUUUACAAUGUUCUUGGUAUUAUAUAGUCUAUUGUCUCUUUCUCAAAUGAAAGAUGCCAUGCGAACAAAUGUGGCACAGUGUCAAGGAAUCUUCUAAUUGUAUUGAUGCCCAGUAUGGCAUGAAGCUGGCAUUUAUGGUUACCCUGGGGGGAAAUAGUAUUGAAGUAUAUAGUCAGGACUGUUUUAAUCUGUCCUGUAUGUUCUGAAACAAGUUCCCUCAUUCCAUUCAUAGUAGAGCAGUCACCAUUCCUGUGCCCUCCUCCCAACUAAGAGCUGACUGCAUGUAAUGUGAUUCUUUGUUUUUUCAUCCCGCACAGGGCAGCAGCUGGAGCUCAAUCUGUACCACGGUCCCACAGAGUGCUUCCUUCACCUGGCAGCCCUAACUCCAUCAGAAUUCAAGACCCCCCCAGUUCUUGGGUUGCAUCUUCAUCCUCGUCCACACCUGGCCAGCCCAAGUUGUUACAUCUGGAAAGUAUCACUUCUCCCCCAGACAGCGAGGCAUACUACGGGGAGACUGAUAGCGACGCAGACAUCCGCUCAUCUUCAGGGCACCCCCAGAGUGCACAGCAGCACCACAGCCAACAACAAGCACCUCCGGAGAAGCACCGCAGAACACGUAAGAAGAGCCCCAGGUCCCCACCAGGAAGCAACCACAAAGCUGAAAACGAGCAACAAUCUCUUUCCGAAAUGAGUGGGUAUGAGAGCGGGCCUGGUGGUGUUACUGAAUGUGUUGUACAGUCAACAGGUGGGGUGGCCAAAAGAGAAAUCACUUAUCAGCCAGGAGGUAGCAGAGCUGAAACCCCCUUCUCAGAUGUGGAAGGGUUUCUGCCAGCAGAAGAAGAGCAGCAAAUGUCCAACAUCACUGCUCCAUCACCUGAGUCUUUACUCCUGCCCCAUGCCACCAAGACCAUCAAAGCUGAAAGACAUCUCAUCCCUAUGAUCGGACCAGUGGAACACCCUGUUGAUGAUGAUCUGACAACUACUUACUUGGAAAAAGCAAGGGAAGCAAGUAAGUACUAGCUCAAAGCUAAUGCUCUUUGGUUCCCAAAAUAUAUGGCAGACACCUUAUAUAGCAGGAGAUAUCCUUCACUGUAUUAUUUACUUGUAGCCGUUUUAGCAUUAAUGUGGCAAGUGUCCGGAAUAUUUGCAAGUGGUUGGGAUACCCUGUGGAAUAAUUAAAGUUCUUUCCUUACAUAUAUGCUCUGUGGUACUGAGCAGAAUAUCAUCAGCUUUGACAGGGAUAUGAUCUGGCUCCUGUGGUCCCUCUAUUUUUACUCCAGUCUAGCUUAGAUUUCAGCAAUCAGCCAGGGAAAAGAUAAUCCUUCCAAUGGCAAUAUAUAGCUUUAACACCUUACUAUCAAUUUAAGUAUCUUCAUUUGCUUUAAUCCACCAACUUAUUGGCCUCCAAUUUAUAAAAGAGACAUGGCUAACAAAACAGUUAUUUAUUUCAAGUAUCAGCACCAGCAAUUUGUCACUUAUAGUACUUUGCAGUUGUGUUUAAAUUUGUGGAUAGAUAACAGAAAACAUGUGCCAUGUAAUGUAACUUUUUCACAGGGUGUAAAUUCAUCUUUAAUGGUGCAAUAAGAGAAUAAAACCCCAAAAUACAACAUCUGCAUUACGAAUCCCAAAAACCUAAAUAUGUAUGGUAAAAUGCAAUACACACACACACACACACACAUUCAUACACUGUAGACUAGGAAUGUCAGACAUUGGCCCUCCAGCUGGAGUGGGCUAUGGUUUCCAUAAUUCCAUAAUUCUCUGUAGCCUUGGAACUGAGAGUUGAAGGUCCACAUUUUGACACUCUAGUUAUAGGAACAUUGCAGCAAGAGUAUUUUUAGAGCCAUGAUGCACCAUUGAAUGUAAUCUCCCUGUACAUAUAGCAUUUAUCAACUAUUUGACAUUAUUUCCUUGGUCUAGUGGUUGCAUUGCAAGGUGUGUGCAUUUUUUCGGUGUUCACACCUUUCUCGCACAACUGUCAUGAGUGUGCUGAAAAAGUACAACAUGCAGAGUAAAGACAGAGGCAUUCCAGGUAUGACAGACAGGUGUGUUAACUGGAGAUAUGUGUGUGUACCCAAAAAAUGCUUACACCUCUCAUCUACAUGUCAAAUGUCUGAUCCCAUACCCCAUGGCAUUCUAUAAACAAGAUAACCCCAAUAUCGUGCAUUUUAAAAAAAAAAUACUCUUUAUUGAAAUUUCUUUUCCUUAUUUUAAUACGAUCACAAUCAAUGACAUACAAUACACAGUUAUUUAAUACAUACUAUACAAUUGACAAACUGACAAAAACAUUUAAAAAACAUACUUUUGGUUAGCCUAGCGAAAGAACAGGACAUUCAUUCGUAAAAGUGCCUCUCUUUUCUCUUUAUCUCUGAAUCUUUCUUAUGUACAGAAAUGUUCUUUUAUUAGGGUAAGUGUUUUUUGUAAACAUGCUUCUCUAAAUGAUUUAUUUUUGGAUGAUAUAUUAGCUAUCCAACCCACCCCCAUCUCCAUUCUUAAUUGCAAAACCGGUUGGGUUUUCCAUUGGGAAUACGUUGUUAUUUUGUUGUUUCCAAUUUCUAGCCAGGAGAGUUUUUGCUGCUAUUAAGCUAUGUAUGGUUAUAUAUUGUUGUUCCCUUGUCAUAGUUGGCAAAAAACAAAUGUAAUAAUACUGACUGGAGAGAUCUAAGUAUAUCUCUUUCUCAUAACUUAAAUAGAAAUUCGAACACCCAGUUCCAUAGUUUCUUGAUAUUUGGACAGCUUCACCACACAUGAAUAUAAUUGCCAACUGAUACAUUGCAUCUCCAACAUACAUUUGAGAUGUUACUAUCUAUGUUAACCUUUCUUGUUGGAACUAGGUACCAUCUGUUUGCUACCAUAUAGAAGUUUCAAACGAUGCAAGGUUAUGUAUGUUUUAAUUGACUUUGUUUUGUGCACUGUAAUAUCGUGCAUGUUUUUACCAUUUACCUAGAAUAUCUCAGAAGGGCAAGAUAUGGAUCCUGAAUUGGAAUAGUUACCUUGUGCUAGGGUCGGUAUCAGAAACCUUUGGCAUUCCAGAUGUUAUGGACUACCUCUCCCAUAAUGCUCUAACAACCACAAUGCUGGCAAAGCAUCAGGGGAGAUGUAGUCUACAACGUCUGGAGUGCCGAGCCUACCCCUGACUAGGGGUACUCUAGUCACUUGAAAAAUAAAAAUUUCCAGCUUACUAGAGUUGGAAAUAUUUUUCCAUCUUUAGUAUUUUGACAUAAAUGUUGCAAUUAACUUGUCCACAUGACUGAAGUAUGUAAAAUAAACACCACAUUACAUAAAGUCCAACACAUAUCAAUAACAGGAGUUGGAUUAUCUUUACUCUGCUUAAUAAAUAGUAAUUCCUCCAUUGACGUCUAUGGGAAAAUAGCUAUUUAACAAAGUUAAUACUCUGAUACUCAGUUAACAGAAUCCAGCCCCAGAAUUUUUUGUGUUCUAGUGUUUUUGCUGAAAAUCAGAUACAGAGUAGCUAGCAAUUAGCAACGUAUAGGUUUCUUUGUACUGUGGGUCUUAAAGGAAAACUUGACAGGGCACUUCUAGCACCAUAACCACUAAAAAAAGCUUAUGGUACUUGAAGUGAAUUCUUCCCUAAAAACAUUUUCUUAGAUGUGUCUACUAGUGAAUAGUCCAAACUUUAAAACAGAGACUAACAUUUUAUUAAUCACUUAACUAAUCAUGUUUUUACUUUCAAUUUUAUUUGUAACAAUACAAAACAUAACUUAGUCCAUAAGACUCCACUUAACUUCUUUUAUACCCCAGGAAUUAUUUUCACCCUGGGGGAAAAAAUCUCUGGUAGGGCUCCAUUUUGUCUCUCUGAAUAUCUGCAAAUAAAUGGAAAAUGUGAGUCUCCUCCUGCCUUGCAAUUAAGUUUCAAAGAAUAAAACUUUAUUAAUGCUUUUAAACAGAGAAGGCUCAGAAGUCACUGAGAGCAAUACAGAUAUUAUGCUACAUUAAUCUUACUACAUUAAGUUGUACAUUUCUACAUUUUACAAAUACAUUAUUUAAAUGUAUUUACUGAAUAUAGGUACUAGGCUCAAUUGUAGAUAUAUUUUUUUAUUUGGUUACCAUUUUUAGAAAUCUGCAGUACUAAUUAUGUCAUCAAGGUUAUUUGGCCAUUUUUGUUUAUCUAUUUUAUCAUACCUACUCUGCAUGCAUUUUUACUUUUAUACAGCUAUGUCAGGCCCUGUGUGAAAUAUUGCAAGAAGAAUAAUGAAUACCAUAUAGCUUCUUAAACUUUUUCGGCCUCCAAAUAAUUUCAGUUCUCUUCACAGUCUCUUCACAGUCCUGUCUUAGACAUUUGUGCAUUAGGGGUUUAGCAAUGUAGAAGUAACACUAUUUUAUAAUAAGCAUAACAAAAAUUAUUAUGUUAAUUAUGUGAGCUAGGUUUUUUUGUUCACAUGAUUUACUUUUUCUUAUUUCUUUGGCUGACCGAGUAGAAGAAAUACAUGUACAUAUUUUGUAGAUAGACAUGCUAGGUGUUAGCAGCGCUGUGGCUUCUGGUACAAUUGAGCUGCAGAAUACCUAAAUGUACUAGGGACAUGAUGUAAGCAAUUUGCUGGCAAUUAGCACAUUUACUUUGCAAGUGUGCCAGUUAUGCAUACAUGAUUCUGCUGGAUGGAACAAUAGCUUUAAACUCAUAUAUGUAUAAUUUUGGUUGGUAAGCGAUUAAUAAGGUUAUUUACAUUCACAGCAGUAACCACAGUCUAAGUACCAAGUUGCAGAUUCAGUUAAAGGUGCACACCACUGCCUCUCCCCCCCCCCACAACCCACCUAAAUAAAUUACAGUUUAGGAUCACUCCACACACAUAAAGCACUUUUUCAUUUAGUCUAAAUUGCAGGUUUCAGUAAAUAUUUUUUUACAGUUAACUAUGUUACACCCCCCUAUCUGUCAAUCAGUGGAGCUGAACUCAAGAGGAAGCAAUUACCUAGAGCACCUUCCUUACAAAGACUUUUCACUGAGCUGCAUUGGGAAGUGUCUCAUUGGACAGCUACAUAAAGUGUGGAUCUGCAGCUUUUGCAUGCUGUUUUUAGAUAUGCACCCAAUAAAAAAAAUGCAUAAUUACAGGAAUGCACAUUUUCAUUGUGGGUAUAUCUGCUAAAUAGUGAUUUUGAAAUUUAUUUAUUUUUCAAUUUGGUCAGUGGAGUGUUCCUCUAACUGCCUUGUUUCUUUUAUGUAAAAUAUAUCUAAACACUUCAUGAAUCAGAAUGUUCAAAUCAUCAGAGAUGAUGAGACAUCAUGACCAUGCACAAGGAAUGUUCACAGAUGUUAAAAGAAUGCAGCAAUAAUGCAUAGAAAUCUUACUAAUUAUUUCUUGUGCAGUCGUUCACCUCCUGCUGUCCCCAUAUACAAUCAGAUUGCCUUUAGCUGGUAGGGACAUUUCGAAACAUGUUACUGUACUUCGGGCUUUUAUUUUGCUUGAAGGUCCUACAGCCAAACACUGUCAGAAAAUUUUGGCACUUAUAGCUAAACAUCACCUUGGGGGCAACGGUUGAGGACCCUUGAUUUAGACUAUUUUCUAUUGAAACACACUUUUUUGUCAUUAAAAUUUGAUAGCUAUAUCACCCAAGAAAUGAAGUGUCAAGAUUAGAUCAUCUGCUGUGUUUCUGAUUCUAAUAUAAACAGAGUUAUUUUAGUGUGCGUUUCUGGCCUAAAAAUGUAAAUUCAUGUUGAAUUUUCAACAAUUCUCACUUUAGUGAACAACCCUGAAGAUGUUUGUUUCAUGUAGCUGUCUUAUGGUUAUACAGGGUUAUUCAAUAAAGAUUGUUAAUUCAAAGUGAAUUUCGAAUUUAACAUCAAAAUAGCCAAACUGGAAACAUUCUGGAAGUCAACUCAGUUUAGCUACUCUGGCCUUAAAUUUGAAAUUCAUAUGACAAUUUCUACAAAAUGUAUUUUUUUAAGUAAAAAAAAAAAAUUAUCGAAAGUAACAAAGUUGCAAUUUAUUAACAAUAGAAAAAACAAAUGAUAAUAGAUGAUAAUAAGUGAUAAUAGAGGUAAAAAGCUAAUUUUUAGUAUAAAGUAAUAGCACAUGACAAAAGGACUCAAGACAGAAGAAUUCUUCUUAAAAUUAUGAUGGUGUUGAAGGGUUUAAACAAUUUCAUAAAAAUAAAUAAUUUUAAUAACCAGAAAGGACAGAUUUAACAUUUUACUGUGUCAUGACUGUACACAGUUUAUAAUUACUCAACAGAACUAAUUUUAUUGACCUCAGAUGGAUAAAGAGCUGAGCUGGCCUUUCUAUACCCUUAACUAAUAAUAUACUAGUUCAAAAUCAAUUUUAUAUUUCCCAAUAUGCCAAGAUCCAGUUGAGCAAUUUUGAUUUAGGAGCACUACUCUGCCAUCCCUGAUUAUUACAGAAUGCUUUAAAGGGAUACAAAGCUGUAUUCAUGACACUAUAGCUCCCUCUGCCUCCCCCUCCAUCGCACCCGACCUCCCCCGCUGCAGUGAAUAAAGGGUUAAAGCUCUUUAUUUGCUUACCUGACCCCAGUGCCAAGGGAUAUUGGGGCUCCACCUCCUCCAAUGCCACUCAAGGGCGCAUUAGUGUUCUCCCCAUAGGAAAGCAAUAAAUCAAUGCCUUUCUAUGGGGAAGUAGCUGAUGCUGGAUGUCCUCAUGCAGAGUAUGAGGACGUCCAACAUUAGUUAGCAAACCAAAAUUCCGGUAACAUUCUGGAAGCGCCUCUAGUGGCUGUCUGGUAGACAGCCACUAGAGGCUGUCUUAGUACUGCAAUGUAAAUAUUGCAGUCUCUCUAAAACUGCAAUGUUUUACAUUGCAGCACUAAGGGACACUCUACCCAGACCACUUCAAUGAACUGCUUAUAGUGUCCCUUUAAGUGCUACAGCUUCCCCAUCUCAAUCUCAACUUCCAAUGAAAAACGCCACCUAUUUCAAUAUUGGGGAAAACUUUUAACGCAAGUAAAAUGUAUUUAUUGGGUUCUAUUCAAUGAACUGCAGAUUUAUAAAUGUUGUUGUACAGCUACAUAAUAAUACAUUGGUGUGAAUCCACCCAGAGAGACCUCUCCUUUUCUCAUUUCUUAAAUAGUUAUUUCUUAAAGAGUAAAUUGUCUCUAUCAAGUGACCAUGAAGAUAAAUGGAAAAAUUAAGGUCACGCAGAUCACAUCAGUAUUGGUAAACAUAACAUUGAUCAAGACAGGUGGCUCAAGUUCAUUAAUGGUAGGUGUGCCAAUAGUCAAGAAAGUCAUUCCAGGCAGUAGAACACAGGACAAUGCUUAAAAGAGACAGCAAUCAAGACAAAAUCAAUAGGGGACAAUGUCAGUACACAGUAAAUCCUAAAUGUUCCCCUUUGCGAAGCCAAGAUAUCUCUUUCUAAGUGCGUUAUCUGGUAGACGAGGCCAUCCAUCUCCCGAACCUCACUGUGUAACUUCCCUUUGUAGUGUCAUGCGUCAGUUGAGAUCAAAAGAGUAACAUAGACAUUCACACUCAUCAUUAUAUAUAAUUGAUUCUGCACACAGAAUGUGCUCAUGAAACAUUCACACAGGUCUUUAGUUACCAGUUCUCUUUCUUGAUGGAAUUUAAUUGCUCAGCUAGUCAUAUUAAUAAAAGGUGGCAUGGCAAAUGUUAACGAUGCAUUAAAAGUCCUUUAUUAUCACGAUUUGUCAUACUAAUCUUAGAGAUAAAAAGUGAGUUUUAUUAGAUCCUUAUUUAGGACCUGUUGAUUUGAUUUAUUUCCCUUUCAUAUCUUUCUGCAGUUCUGAUCUUGUAAUACUUAAAGGCAGGAAGGCAUUUUGUAUAAUUUUAAUGUUUUAUUAGUAUGCUUUAUAUAAAAUAAUUUACACUGAGGCAUUGCAGGCCUCUGACCUUUCUUACUUAAAAGAACACUCCAAACACCUAAGUCACUUUAGCUUGCUGAAUUGUUUUAUGCGUAAAGAGUGUGUCCUCUUUUUUCCAUUUUAUAAAAUGCAGAUUGACAAUUUUAUAAUCUAACAUGGUUACAACCCUUUUGGCUGUCAAUCAGACAACCGGUCCUGCCACUUCCUGGUAGUUUAGCUCAGUGGAGCUUAAUGUAAGAGUUAGGCAACUGAACAUAGCACCAGCUUGGGCAAGUGUGUGAUUAGAGGGAUUAUUAAGGCAGCAGACAAGAGAUCUGUGACUUUUGCAAGCUGUUUUUAGAUAUAAUCCUAAUUUUCUUUUUUUAAAAACCCAUGAUUAAAUGCAUGCAUGUUUUCAUUGGGUUAGAUCUACUAAAUAGUGAUUUCAUUUUAAAUUCAAUUUUUGUAUUUGAUCAGUGGAGUGACAAUUUAAUGUUGCUUUAAAAGUAAUGCAUAUGUCCCCCUCACUCUGGAUUCUCAAAUCUCCUCCCCCAGCCCGAUUAUCCUCUCAUCUGUCACCUUAUUAUAAAAAUGUAAAAAUUGUAUUCAACAAAACUGAAGGAUCUAUUUCCAAGAGCCUUUAACUGGAAGAUCAGGAACUUCACAUUCUGACAAUCAUUGCUUAGAUUCCAUUUGUGGUGUCUUGCAUCAGUUUACAUCGAAAAUGGUAAUGCAAGAUAACAUGUAACUCCUUCAAUAUUUGGUGGUGCGGGUUCUACUGCCCUCAGGAAACCAUUCUAGGAGCACAGAGAUUACAUCCCGGGAUCUCUCUGUGAUAUGUGUAAGGUAAGCCAGAGAGCAAGGGACAGGGUUAUGAAACCAUGUUGUGACUUACACCCUCUUUACGCCCCUCUCAGCUGUUAAUUUUUUGCACCCUACGUUUGCAAUGUUUUCACUAAUGCCAUAGAUUUAUUAGUAAGUCCGAGUCUUUUUCCAACUGGAAAGUGAUGGAAUAUAUCUGCUACCAUGCAUUUGACAGUCUUCUGAGAUGGAAAUUUCUUUAAAAACUGUCAGAAUUUACUAUAAAAAAAAUCAGCACAUUUUAGGUCACUUUAAUAAAUAUGAUAUAGAAUAAUGACAUCAUUUAACCUUUACUUUUCAAAACACUUUGAUACAUGUAGGUCCAUAUUUACUUCGGAACAUCUCCAAGCUCUCCAGCCCAGUGCCUCAAAAAAUGCAAAGCCCCCUUGCUGGUAGGAGCACUUAUAUAAUAAUGCAAGUUAUUGCCUGGGUUGGAGAAAUAAUUUUUUAUGACUCUCCAGUUUAGGAAUUGCAGUUUUUUUUUUUUCUAGGGAAGGCCGCGGAGCCCUCCCUAGUAAUUAGAGGAUCUCUAAUGUUCCCUACUGAUUUUUUAUUUUCUAUGGUUACUUAUCGCCAGCCCCUGUAAAGUAGGCACUUUUUUCUUUUUGGUGGUAGGAGGCCAUUUCUUGUUUUCAGAUGUGCAAAACGAAUGUCAACAUGUUUAUGUUGGGGAAAUCAUUAACAAAACUAUAGUGAAGUGCAAAAUUCAUUAAUCUAAAAAGAAUAGUAAAUAAAAUAAAAAUACUAAAAGAUGAUGUGAAAAUUUAUGAAAACACAAAAAUAUAUUUUUCUUUUUUAAUAAAUGUUAAAAUAAAUCAAAAUUAAUAAAAAGAAACACAAAGAAGUAUUGGGAUUUAAUAUUGCAGCUCCGCUACAGAAACUACAGAUGAAAACGUCCCGAUGGCACCAGCACCUUUUCUACUACACCAUACAACAAUAACAAUAUAUAAAAUAUUUGCAACGCUUUGCAGCCUUCAAUAUACCAAAUCAAUAGAAUUAUAAAAUAGACAUAGCUUAAACUAUAUAAUCACAUUAUAGCAUAAUUGCAAAAAAAAAAAAAUAUAUAAACAAGCAUAAUAAGUAUAAGAGAAUAAACCUAAAAUAAAACAUCUAUUGCAUAAAAUGUAACAACUAAAACUCACUGAAAGGAAAUACAAAAAUGCAGGAACACAAAUAGUGAAAGCACAUUAGCAGAGAUACAUAGCAAAAGGGAGAUAAUAAAUAACAGGAAAGGUCCCUUGCAUUCCAAUCCUCUGAAUGUUACCUCAAACAUGAAGCAAAUGCCAUCUGAGGAUAUGACGGAACGGGACAUCUCAGUUAUUUUCAGUGAAUCUCCUUUAAAUAUUGGGGCUAUUUUAAAAUGCAUCUUCAAUGUAGCAGUUAGGGAUGCAGAAACAUUUUCUAGAGGUCAGGUAUCAAUAGACAAAAAUCUUUAAGAGAUCAUCUAAUGAUCGUAUAGGUUCCGGUCUCUGUUCCUAAAUACCAAGAUGUUUUUUUUUUAAUUAUGAGUUGUGGGUCCAGAUAAAUGAGAAAUACAAAAAAUAAAAAUAAAAGCAAAAUAGGCAAUAAAAAAAUGACUGCUGUUUUUUGGUAUUCAAUUUCACCCACAGAAAAUAUAUUUCAGCAUAAAACUCACACAGGCCAGUACAGUUCUCACUGUUGAACUAAAUGUCAGUGUCAAUAAGAUUUUACUACUUAAAUUAUUUUGUUUAUAUGAAGUAGGUCUUCAUCUCCUAUUCAUCAAUAGGAGAUGAACAAUGGACAAUGUUAUACCCAAUCGGACUAGAAAACCAAACCCUCACUAUAGCAAGGGAACAACUACAGUGAUAUGCACGUUCGAUCCCCCAAUGACCGAGCCUUACACAGGAUUGUACAGAGUUUGAGUCCCUGUGCCUGUCAGAUGCACCCCCCCAGAGAUCGAUAUCCCAGAUAUACACCUCAUUGACAACUGGACGAUACCUUCUUGCACCACCAUGCAUCAGGCGCUGGGAAGAAGACCUGGAUGUAACACUCACAGACGCAGACUGAUAUACAAUCAUUACACUCACCCAGAAGACCCCAGGAUCAGCGAGGCUCCAAGAAAAUUCAUAUAAAGUAUUUACGAGAUGGUACAUCACCCCAGCGAACCUACAUGCUAGGGACAGCUCGAAACCAAACACGUGCUGGCGAUGCGGAAUGGAGACUGGGUCAUUUCUCCACCUAUGGUGGGACUGCUCCCUCAUCCGGCCGUCUUGGGAAACGGUGGGUCGAGUGAGCAACGAAACUGUGGAAAAACCUAGCCACUUCAGAUUAUGUUAUUCUAUGUCUACAGGUUGUCCUAGAAAAGCUGGUUCUGCUCUGUUAGUUUAUGUAUUCGUCUAUACCUGUAAUAAAGAGUAUUCGUAUGCUAACAGCCGAAAGCCGCUAGCAUUCAUAUGGUAGUUUCACGAACAGUGACUUUCCAUACUGUUCGUGAAACGAACAAAGUACCGAAUGGGAGCCCACACACAGGGGGUUGUGUGGCUCCCAUUACCCGGGUGCAACAUUGUAUCAAUCGGCUGCUAAUUGAUUUCCCAGGUGGCCGUCGUUCGGCUACCGACCACGCGGCGGCCACCAUCUUGGAUUUCCUUUUAGCCCAGCGGUGUUUGGUCGUCGAGUUCCUGGAACUAAAAUCAGCUACUCGACGGCACGAACGCUUCCAGGCAGUUAUUUAUGCUGGGAUCUGAGCGGUAGUUUCCCAAAGUGUGCGCUCAGACCCCAGCUAUCUGCUGAACGGUUAUUCGGUAUAAUGGCACGAAUAAAAUAUAAGUUACAUAUUUUUGUGUGAAAAGUCGGUUCUGCUGUUCGGAGGGAUAAUUCACUUAACAAAAUAUACAGCAGUGCAUGGUGGGAGAAAUGUCCUGCAUGUUCAGUUCCCCAUGUAGUCCUCUACUGUACAACCCCUGUAAAGUGACUAAGGAAACCCCUUGCAUGGGGAAUCACAUAAAUACUGGAGCUUGUGAAUAAAAUCGUCAGUUGACUCCCAGAAAUGUGUUUCGUCCGGUUACUGGGGGAUUUGGGAUAUUGCCUUUAUUUUCAGCGCUUUACUUGGAUAACUUUCUGUACCAGCGGAGAUAUUGGGAUUUAAUAUUGCAGCUCCGCUUCAGAAACUACAGACGAAAACGUCCCGAUGGCACCAGCACCUUUUCUACUACACCAUACAACAAUACCCGCGCCAGCAUAUAAACGAUCAGUGAUACCGAGGCUCCUCAAUGCAGCGAAAGCAACAGUCCCAAUCUUCUGGAGGCAACCACGCACCCCCUCACUCAGGCGUUGGUUGGAGGAGGUGGAAGACACCCGGAAAUUUGAGGACCUGAAGGCAACGACAGCGAACGCGAAAGAGAAACAUAUAAAGAGAUGGUUCUACUGGCUAAGACACAUCGCCUCAGAUGACUUUGUGACGUUCUUGAAUGCAUCUGAACACCGGGAGGAGCACACAGGAGGCAUGUGAAAGGAGACCACCUGGGGCACCGGCGGAGUGGGGUUCCCCGGAACGGGGAUGGGAGAUAAAGAAUGACUGGAUGGCUAAGAUACCCAGCUGCCCUCAAGCCACCUCUGCCUCCCCUUUUUUUUUCUCUUCUGCUCCUUCUUCUUCUUCCUCUCUCUCUUUCGUCCUACCCAAGUUCCAGAAGCAUGCUUCACACAAACACACCCCCUAGAGGGAGACACACAUGCACGCAGACGUGCGAACAUAAACAAAACCCCUACUGACUACAUAACAUACAAUUCAGAUAAGUGCACAACCCCAUACGCUGCCCACCAGAACACCAAGACUCGCGACAGAUGCUUCAGACCGAGACACCCAAAACCCCACCAAACGGGAGAAGAACCACAGAAUACACACGCAACAUACGUGGCUGCACAGCCCUUCAACUACUAUGACACUACCCAGACACGCAUGCACCACCAUCACCACGACAGAGCCAGCCCCGCCUGGUAAGACGCAGUCAUAAACCAAUAAGCCAUCCGUAUUGAACUACGCAAAUGCAUCAACACUACACCGACACGAUCACACUUUAAGCCCCAAAAACGCUCUCACUACCCAACGCAAAUAUGAACAAGUGGCAACGCUAAUAUCAGCACAAAUAUCGGCAUUAGCCACCUAGAUACUGGGAACAAUAUACUAUUGCAAUGGUCGCACCCGAUGGCUAAACAUGUACAAGUUCAUACCAGAGACACAAUACGCAGUGCCUCUGCGCAGGCACCAAAAUGACUAAACGUGAUAUAUAUGCUAUGAUUACACAUGUGAAAUAAAAACAUAUUUAAAACAAACCAGCUAACACAAAGCAACUACAAAAACCAACUGACACAAAGCAACUACACAAACCAGCUAACACAAGGCAACUACACAAACCACACUAGGUUCUACCCGCCCAGACAAUAUGUCUUUAAGUUCUCAGAGUACACACCUGCCUAAUUAAAAUAAUUGCACCUGUUCAGUUCACCUGUUUCAAUAUAUACGCCUCUGCGUAGGCGACCAUAUGCUUUUACAGUAAUAUAUUUGAUAUCCACAGUGUGAUGACAAUAAAAACAAUUUAAAACAAAGUCAACACAACCACGGGGACAGUGUGGAGAGAUGCAAGUUAAAUGCUGUGAGUCUAUCAUUAUUUUCUUGUUACACACCUCUUCAUCUCUUUUCACUUAUUAUUGUUUAUGUGUUUUGGGAAAAAAUCAUGAAAUAUGUAUCUAUGUUAGUAAAUGUCAAAGUUCCACAAAAAAAAAAAAAAAACCCUGAAAAAUAACAAAAAAACUCUGAAAAAUAAAGACACAUAAUCACAUAAUCACUCUUAAUCACCAGAUGGAUAUCACAAUAGACUCUUCACACAAAUGUAAUUGGUUGAUUUACUACCAGCCAAUCACAAUGUAGAACUCAGUACAUUGUUAUUAUUACUGCAAACUUAGUCCCACUUAUAGAUUCCUAGCCUAUUUCAACUGACUAUGAAGUUCUGUAAGGGAUCCCAAAUGAGAGGAAAUAAUCAGAGAGUAAUUAGGGAAUAAUUGAUGAUACAGACGAGCAACUAUUAAUUCAGCCAAAUUAUGGGUCACUGAAUCAGAAGCAAGAAACAGAAAUAAAAUGAGUCAACAGUUUAAAAAAAUACGUAGAAUAUCCAAUAUGAUGAGUUUACCAUGCAACAAAAAAAUUGUGUCAAAAUAGUUGGAAAAAGUCUCAAAAUAUCCAAGCUGUUUAAAAUGUUGUCCUCAUUGCUUUAAAAAAAUAAAAAGAUAAACAAAAAAAAAACCGAUAUAAUAAUUUUUGAAAACCGCUGUUUUAAUAAAUGUAAUACGUUGUAGCAAUAUCUCUUUAUCUUCUGAAUUUUAUAGAACAGAAUAAAAGAAAUAGCGUUAAAGAACCACAAAGUGUAUGUGUGCUAUGUCUGCAUUUCUUCCUAAAAUAUCAUGGAGUCACCAAGGCUUCAGGCAACGGGAAUGUGUAAAAUUUGUCCCGCAUUCUCACACCAUGACACAAAAAGUAAAAUGAAGUGACAAAACUGCUUACAGCAAUAGGAAUUAUCUACCCUUGCUUCUGUGGUGGUGUUAAUAUCAUUAUAAUGACUAGAACAGUUUGGUUGCAUCCAGCUAUUUUACGCCAUUAUCGCUCAUUCCACCAAACUGUGUUCAAGCAUCUUAUUUUAACACAGUUUAGCCAUCCUUCAAUUUACACACAAUGUGUGUGUGAGCUAUUUUCUGCUGCACUAGUAACCGAGAUAUGCGGCAUGAGAUCACAACUUAGAAAGGCAUCUUCAGCUGCUGUCAGCUAUCUCAUAUUCCGGGCUUUGGUGGAGCAAUCCUUCGACGUUCAAGUGUAAUGAGAUCAUGACAAUUGUGCUGCUAUAUGUAAGCUGCAUAUAGCAGAUUGCAUUUGAUACAUUUGAUACAAAGGAGAGUAAAUGAAACAGGUGGAUUUGACCAAACAAGCAACUUUUAUUGAACUUAGGUCAGUGUCCUCACCCAAAUGUACAGCCAUGUCAUGGCACACUUACCGAUACUUCAACAAGGACACCAUACAGAAUGUCAGGCUAUGUUAAAAGACCAACAGACAAAUAUCACAAACUUUAAAAACAUAAUGCUCUUAUUUUAUUGGAAAUAUAAUGUUGACAUUUACUGCAUUAUGAAUGCUUUCCUUAUAUUGUACGUUUUACGUAUACCUCAAUAAAACAUUGAUUUAAAAAAAAAAAGAAGGUAUUUUCAAGUCUUAAGCUGAGUUGAAGACAAGCUGCAAAAUUUAGGACAAGAUAGAAAACCUUCUCUAUCUUGGAAACUUUUUGGAAAUUUUCAUUUUCGGAGUUGGCAAAGGGCAGAUCCACUUGUUGCAACUGCAGCUUCCAUGAUGUCUAGUCAAUCCUACGACUGUCAAAGCUUAUUGGGAGGUGCGGUUCUGCAGCAGCAGGCAAUCUACCUUUUGAGAACCCCUGUUCUAAUUGUCAUCAGAUAAUAUAUCUAUCAAGGUGAAAUACCAAAAUACCGGUAAUUAUCAUUGACCACUGCUAUCACCUUGUGACCAGUAAAUAAAUUAUGAUGUAUUUGAUACACACUAUUUUACAACAUAAAGGGAGUUAUGUUGCUUGGAGUGUGCUUUUAACCAAAUGAGAGCUUCAAAUGGGGAAGCUGAUAUGCAAAUAUGGAUUUGGGGUCUGUGAUGCAAGAAGGGGGGAGGGAUUAAAGCACAUAUGGAGAAGAGGGAACUGAAUGAGAAGAAUUGCCAGUGAAAAAGCAGAUUAGAGGUUUGACCAGAAAUCCUUUUCUAUGAUUAAAAAUGAUUAACAUCUAAGUACGGUAUGAGCACACUGUAGUGGUUAUGGUGACAGCUGGAUGCCAAUCCCCAUCUCCACUACAGUCAACAGAGAGCCAGAAACCGACGCUGCAGGGCCUAGCUGAGGAGAGCUAACAGACGCUUCUAAGCAGAAACUUCUGGCUGUCUAUCAAGGUGGAGCUAGGUGCCGGGUGAACUCCAAAUAAGAAGGCAAACCUUUCUAAAAAUGGUUUAACUAUGAAGAGGUGGGGAAGCAUCAGGGCACUCUUAGCACCAUAACCACUACAUUGAACUGCAGUGGUUGUGGUGUUUUAAGUAUUCCUUUAAUUGCUACUUAUCUAUGUAUCAACACCACAGCUAAUAUGUAUAUUAUGAAAAGAAUGGCACUAUAUCCAUCAGUGCCUAUAACUGCAAUUUUGCAUCUGUUAACACAGACCUCAAUCUGAUACCAUGUAUUAUUUGCAAAUUGAGGACAUAUGGGUUCAUGUAAUUAUUAAUAAUGGGAUAUGUCACAGAUACAAGUGGCUUACAACAUAACAGCUGUGUAACUCGAGAAUUAGAUCACAAUUACAUUUUGUACAUAGUUCUAAGUUCUAUUUUAUUAUCACAGAAUGUAAAUGUCAUCUAUUAAGCAUGCGAUUUAGCCACAUCAUUACUAGUAAUGCACGGUCUAGCUAAAACAGGAGAAGUAUUUUUGAGAAAACAAUCAGUUACAAGGUACUUGACUGACAGUUCAUUGAAAGAUAAAUUCUGCCAUACUCAAGAAUUGUGAGAUAAGUAGAAUCAGUCUGUUUGUUUUUUAACAUUACAUACAUUGCACACUUAUAAAAAAAUAGACUUUACAAAAACUAUGGAAGCCUACCCUGAAAAAUAAAGAGAAAUUCAUUAAACAAUUAAUAGUGGACAAGCCAUAAAUCUGAUGAAAUCAAACUAAUUUAAUUAUGGCAGUUUAAAAAUGAAAGUAGCUGAUACAAUAAAAUAUAAAAUAUAUACUGGUACAAUAAAGUAAAACAAAGUAAAGAAUAUAAAUAUUUGGCAGAACUGAUAGCUUUUAAUUCAUUUAUAAAAAGUACUAAGAUUAAAGCUAAAAUGUUAAAUGAAAGAAAAAUGGAGGGAGCAUAAGACAAAGGUUUUGGACUGAACCCCUUAAGGAUCAAACUUCUGGAAUAAAAGGGAAUCAUGACAUGUCACACAUGUCAUGUGUCCUUAAGGGGUUAAAGGACGACUGUCACCUCAAAACUACAUAUAUGCACCUUGGGUCGGACGGUGUUUGAAACAGUAAGUCUCUAUAGUCUUCCAUGUUUAUAUGCAGGGAGAGAAGCAGAGAAUAUCACAGAAACAAACUUUAAAUGUUGUGAGUUUUUAAUCUUUAUUUUGUUGUCAUCUAGAAUGACACAGUGUGCAUGCACCAAUGACUCAACACUGACAGAUUAUUAGCCAUGUGCACACAAUGUUUGAAGAAGUAGGGAUGUAGGCUGAAUCUUUAUAAGGUACAGUAGGAUCAAGGGAUGGCUUAUUGACAAGAUUAGUCAAAAUAGUCGUUUUAGACAAAUCAUGGUAAUGGCCAACAAUUGUUGAUGGAGGUGGGACAUAGGAGUAAAAUAAGUGAGAUAAAGGGAUGGAAGAAGAAUUGAGGGAUAGAGUUGUAGGGAGAGGAAGAAUGGGUGAAAUUUCUUGUUACUUUAAACAUUAUUUCACAGGAACCUAAACCUAUAAAUCAAGUGUUUCUUUGAGAGAGAAUCAAUUCUGUUGCAAACUUCCAAACCAGCAAACUGCAGGAACAUUUGAUUACUAUGGAGUGAGAGUUUCUUACCAGGUGCUUUGUGGGUGCUGCCAUCUUGAACCACCUCAUCACUUUCAGCCUCUGACACUUCAGCCGCCAGGAACCAAUGUCAGCAUGAGUACAUCACUGAGGUCUAUUGAGGAUCCUGCAAGACUGCCAGAGCAUUUUUUCCUUACAGCAGUCACUGAUGACAGCUGGGGUAAAAUACAAGUUUGACAAAAAGUAGUUCCUCCUUUUGUCAAGCUUGUCAUGCAUAGGACAAAUAAUGAGACAAAGUAAGCCUUAGCCUGGUAUAUCUUUUGAUUGGGUUCGAAUUUCAGUUAAAUUGCAAAUGUGAAUAUUUCAUAAAGAUAAUAUCAUUAUGAAAUCCUCAAUUUAUGGGGGGAGGAGGGAAGGGAGGAGGGAGAGGUAGGAGAGGCUAGGAGGGUUCACAGUUUCAAGUCAAACAUAGCAAACAGUGUCUUGAGAAAAUGGAUCAAUGCCUGUAUUUAUAUAUCAUUCAUUUCCAGUCCCAACACAUUUAAGAGUAUAUAAAAUUGUGUAACACAGUUUAUAACCUGAAACAAUGUAACUGUACCACAAGAUUAAGGUCUUCUGAAUAACAACUAUCAUAAUUAUCAAACAUAAUUAAAAGGGACACUAUAGUCACCAGAACAACUACAGCUUAUUGUAUUUGUUCUGGUGAGUAUAAUCAUUUCCUUCGGGUUUCUUUGCAGUAAACACUGUCUUUUCAUAGAAAAUGCAAUUUUACAUUACAUUUCAACAUUACAGUCUAGGAAUAACGCCAUUGGCCACUCCUCAUAUGACUACUAGAGGUGUUUUCUGGGACAAUGCUACACACAUGUUUGUGUUUCUGAUCAUAUAGUGUUACUUUAAAGAUCAUAGUAAAAGCAUAUUCUCCCAAAAAGUUUAUUAAUCUAUGACAAGAUUUUUAGUAGAUGCCAAUGGAAAAAUAAUGACUAUUAAUUAUUGGAACGACUCACACAUGGCUUUAAAUGUAUUAGUAUCAAUGGAGAAGGGAAUGGUUGUUUGUUGACUAAACUAAAUAUAUACAAAAUAAAACAUCAAGCUCUUUUUCUAUAUAUGUUGGAACAUUAAUAUCCAAGUGAGGUAUCUGGAUACGUGAACAGCAAUUCUGCUCUACAUUGUAGCAUACUGCAGGUUACGAGCAGGACUUUUCUGUCUGUGUCACACUUCAAAGCUGCAGAUUGACUCUAUAUGAAUUAUAGCUUUGCAGUUCGUAAAAGAAGGUCCUCAUCAAGGUUGUGGACAGAUAGUACUUCGAUCCAGAUAUAAAAAUAGAAAAGCCUGGGGAACAACCUUGUCUUGCCAAAUUCCACCAUUGGACCUACCACCUUUGCAGGUCAAUCAUUCGUUUUGAACGCACAGAUAUUUCUGUUUGAAUUCUAGUACUUUUGUAAGUGGUUCCUCUUCUCCCAUUUAAUUUGUUUUUUAUAAUAAUUAAUUGUUUAAUUGCAAUAAUAAUUGUACCACUGGCCUCUGUUGCAGUUAAUAAAGAUAAGAAAAUAGUUCUAUACAAGUAGCACUCAAAGAAAUAUCUCAAGUACUUCCUUGUCAGAGGAGUGACACAUUCUAGAGUUCCCUAGAGAACACUUUUUCGAAUCGAGUUGAAAAAGAUAAUACCAUCCUGAGAAAAGCACAGCUAAAAUGUGUAGUGCCAUAUUUAGUCUGGGACUGAUUAUUUUAUUGGUUAGUCAGUUGCUGAGUUAUUCAGGAGCUGGAAAAAGACUAAGUUGUCCAUUGGUUUCUAUGCAACUUAUGAAAUAAAACUACUCUUUGGGAAAAUAUGGUUUCCUCCAAUUCUGUAGCUGUUCUGAUGUUUAGUAAAUAAACCGUUAUGACAAAUCAGAAAUCAGAAACAUGAACAUGUGAACAACAUCAUAAUGUAUUACUAAAUCGCCAAACAGCCAUAAUUUGUGGUGUUGUACAUUGGUUUAUUUAACACACAGCUCAAUAAUGACAUUGCACAUUUAGACAUAUCAGAAUGCCAAAACUCUCAAGACUUCAGAUUAGUUUAAAUAAAAGCUGAUAUCAUUUUCAGAAAAUAUGUUGGACCUUAUUUGGAUGAACCAAUACACAGUGGGGCUAGCAAGUUGAGUGGGGGGAGAAAGGUGGGCAAUUGCCCCCCAGGCCCCACGUUUACAGAGGUUGUGGUCUGGAGUCUUGUGCUGUUCUUCUGCAGAUAAAAAUAGCAGAUGGUGUAUUGGGAUGUUUGUUGGCUCAGUACAGAAGAAGUGAGACCGCAGGAAAUACUUGCCUUUGCCUAGCCUUUGCUAGAUAAAUCAUGUAGGGAUUUGUGCAUGGGCUGGUGGCCAUGACUAUAGUAUCUGCCGCCGACCAGGCGGCCUGACUGUGAUGAGUAUGUAGUAUUGCCCUGGAUUUGUUUGGAAGUGAAUGCAGGGUGUGAUGUGUCAGUGCUUUGACAUUGGAAGCUCAAGAAACAGAGUAUCCAUCACUACCCAUAUAGUACAGGCUCCAAGUAGCUAGGACCACCCGCACACAGAGAUCUGUGAGUUACUUUCACAAAAGGCCUUUUAUUUCUACUUGACCCAGACCAAAAGUUGCCAGCCUUCCCCUGAACUGGUACGUUAAUUGACGUAACUUACAGAAGUGAUACAUUGUAAAUUCUCUGUCCUACAUUGUCCUCAUUUAGUUUAGAAUUGUCUCAUCAUAAGGUCAAACACCUUACUUGAUGAUAGUCACUCGCUGAUAUGUGAGAUUUAAAUUAUUCAGUCUUUCAUAUUAUAUACCUUGUAUAACCUAAAGUUAUGUGGGUAGUUUGUCAAUUAUUUAAUUUCACAAAUGGAGGCUAUUUGCAUGGUGACACGUUCUAUAGUGUUAGUUGACAAAACUACGAUGUAAAUAUUUUUCCAUGGAUUUUCUUCAAUCUUUAAAAUAACAUAUAAAGUAAAGAUUGCACAUAAAGUCAUUCAAUGUAUAGUUAAACAGAUUAAAAUUUUUUAAAGAAAGCCUUUUUUAAAUGUCCUUUCAGUAGCAUUUUACCAUGAAACUGUGUCUAAUCUGUUGUACUGGAAAAUGGACAAACUGGUAAGUUAUCAAUUAUAUUCAUAACACGAAUUCUUUCGAUAUUAUGGGGAAUAUCCGUGUUAAUUCAGUUAUUAAAUCUUGAAAUAUAUGUAACCUGUUUUUGGUGCCCCAGUCCACUGGAAGGGGUCUGGUCUAUGUGGCACUUACUCUUUGUUAGUUAAAAAGAAAGUAAUAAAGACUCAGUUGUAAGCACAAUCUUGAAUUAGAUUAUGUCACCUGUAUCCCAUCUCAUCAACAACUGGUUAUACCACAUAUCAUGCCCGUACAUAUCUUGCCAAAACUGUCUAACUUUAUUAUAGACUCUCUCCUUAUUGACUUUCUGAUACUUGUCAGCAUAUCCUUUUCUUGAUUCCUUGGCUUUGUACCUGCUUUUAUUAUUAGUUUUCCCUUUGCUUAUCCUCUACUAUUCAUGCUUCUCUUUUAUUUUAUUUUUUGGCAUGUUUUGUAUACCUUUUUUACAGUCUAGAGGUUUUUUUUUUUUUUUUACCUCUUUUACAACCAAGGUGGGACAUGCUAAUGAUCCGUAGUAAACCUUUCAGUUUUGCUCCAGUUAUGUCUCCUAUCUGUUUUACCUUAUUUAUUGUUGGUAUACACAGAGUUAACCUUACUUCAAUUAAUAUUAUUUCUGCUCUAGAAUAUUAUCUCCAUUAUUUUUCCUUAAUUUCAGGCAGUAAAAAUAAAUAUUUAACCCCUUAAGGACCAAACUUCUGUAAUAAAAGUGAAUCAUGUCAUGUCACACAUGUCAUGUGUCCUCAAGGGGUUAAGGGUCAUAUUGGUCACCAAAACAACUAAGGGUCAUAUUGGUCACCAACUCAGUGGUCAAUUAUCUGCUAUUUAUUACAGCACCAAAUGUAUUCAAUUAUUUUCCCAUAAGCCCAAAAGGCACAUUUACAGUAAAACAUAGAUCAAGCUUCCUCAUAGUUGUUGACAACAGGACUGUAAAAGAGUCUUGGACAGGUGGACUUCAAUCUGAUGACCAAAUCUAUCAGUUUUUAUCUGAAACUGAGGAUUUGAGAUCUACCCAUAGAUAGCAAGCAUGUUUGAACCAGGCCUUCAUCUCUCACAUAGCGCUGCAGAAUAUGUUUGCGCUAUACAAAUGCUAAUAAUAAUAACCAUGUAUCUCAACCCAGGAGUUUUACCUUUGUCUAGAUCAGUGGUUCCCAAACUAGUCCUCAUGUACAGUCCAGGUUUUGUCAGAAUCUCCAAAGGACUGGUUUAAGAACCACUGGUGUAGGUGGCGGAUACCCGAAUCUCAUCAUAUGUGUCAGCUGCACAUGAACACCUCACCAGAGCUGACCGCAACCACUACCCAAAAUGGUGUAUCUGCUGGAGAACAUAUAAGAAUUCUUCAGAACAUGUAUAGCUUAAAGAGUACUUGUCAUGCUAUGGUACAAUUGCCAUUACUGAAUUUCUCUUCUGAUUUUAUGCAUUGUGGUAGCCAGAUCGCUACAAAUGUAAAGAUUGCUAAAUCACAGUCACCAUUCCUCAGGCAGGCAGGCAGUUGACUCUAUGCUUUGUCUUAGUACAAACCUACACCCACAACCUGAGCCGGCGCUUCAACUUGAGAAAAGAACAGAGUGACGUCUAACAUCACUCCGUUCAACAGGCUGAUGUGCUGACAAUGAUGACAAAACAUCAGUGUCAUUAGGGAGCUGUUUGUUUUUAUCCCACACCCUUCACUAAAUCCAUAACACCCCACACUGUAGUAUUUUGACUAAUUUAAAGGAAGUAGGUACUAAUUUUGUAUUGACUAAUAUUGCAUUGUGCGAUAAUAAAUUAAUAAUCAGAUAACACACCCACACAUAUUGGUUUUAUCCAUCUAUAUGUAUAUGGUACCAGUCGCAUAAUGAUUUAUAUUGUAUAUAAAUCUUUUAUUGAAGAAAGGAUAUCAACUGUCAUGUUCUAUUUGUAAGAAAUCUUUGCCUUUGGUACGCAAUCUUCCUACAUGCCUUUCUCCAUCUAUUUUUAAUGACAAUUUCCUGGUAAGGAAGUACACAGCUUAAUCUUCAACAUUCUGCAGAACUCAGAGACAGGCAAGGGGCAACACAUUUUAGAGCUAGAUUGUAUUUAAAUAGAUACAAUAGAGUGAUAUAACAAUCAUAAGCCAACACAAGUUAUGUCUUUUUAUUGCCUUUGUGGAUUCAUACAUUCAUCUUAGUUUUGUAUUUAGGUGUAUAGGUUUCUUUAUUUUGGUGAUACGUUUGGUUUAAACAUAUUUCUUUCCACAUUCUCGUAACUUUCAGUUCCGCCAACAUAUUUUUCCGCUUUGUACUUGACUGACAAUGAGGGUUGUGACUUUGUAUAGCAGGAUCUUUAUGGAGAAGAAUGGCAUUUUAAGUGCAUUGACCUUAUGUUUCCAGAUUGGAAUAUAUAUCAUUCUUUCAGACUCAAAUUGCAAGGGGGGGUGGGAUUGUGGCUGGGAAAAAAAUAUGUUUUUUUUCUGUUUCGAUCGUAGGAACAUAGCUUCAGUGACAGGUGACAAUGUCCAUAACGUGGCCCAGUGAUAAGCCAGGGCCAGUAAAAAUAGACUGGAUGAUCUCAUCAGCUUCUGAGAGCCGAUGUACCCUACUGCAAUGCCAAGGAAGACAAAAGUAGAGAUUUAAAAAGGCUAGCAGAAAGGGCAGCGGAGAGCUCGGGAGAUUUUCAUAUUUUGGUUUGGCUCCAGCUUGGAGUUGAUUUAUUCUCGUCCUAUCUUUAUGGAACAUUGUGUCUUUAAUGGUGACUGUGUCAUGCCUGAUUCACCUGUAUCUUCCUACCACAGCACAGAUAAUCUCUACGCAGGUAAUCUGUUCCUUCUGAGGGUUGCUAAUUCUGAAGUUGAAUGCUAUUUUUAUGAAGCUGUUCCUAUUUAUUUUUUAAAAUAUAGUAGUGCAUUUUAAUAUAACAAUUAUGUGUUAAUUAACUAGAGAGAUAUUUUAAACUGUUUACGAAGGUAAAAGCUAUUUUAAAACGUAACGAUACAUAAUUUAUACUUUUAGCAGAUUGAAAUGUAUAUAUAUAUAUAUAUAUAUAUAUAUAUAUAUAUAUAUAUAUAUAUAUAUAUAUAUAAACUGGUUGAACUUGAUGGACUUUUUCAACCUAGAGUACUAUCUAUGUUACUAUAUUCUGCAAAUCCGUAAUACAAAGAUUAAAGUUUAUAUAUAUCGUAACAAGAAAUAUGUGCAUUUAUUAUAAAGAGGAGUUCCCGAAGCAAUAUUCUAAGACUUAUAUUUUCAUCUGCAACAUUCCAUUGGUUUCCAUGACAAUUGAACCACUAAUUGAAAACUGCCUUGAUUGUUUUUAGAUGUUUAUAUGUUUAAAGUGGGUUUUCUGGUUUUAUUCUCUGAGUACCCUAAGUAUUCAAUAUAGAAUGUAUUGUCCUAUUAAAAUGACAUACGCACAAUGUACCCGACCAUCCAUUAAUAAAUUACAUUAAUUAAUACUGUAAUCAGUAAAGAUCUUUAUUUAUGUACCAUAAUUGUAUUGUGCUUUUUUUCCUUUGUUUUGGUAUUUGCUAGAUAGAUGGAUAGAUAGAUAGAUUGAUUAUAUACUUUAUAUAUUAUAAUAUUUUCCACUUGUAGGUAAUUAAAUGUUUUUGAUCAUACUUUUCAUUUUGUAGCUGCUGUCGAGAGUAGAGUUGAGAGAAAAAAGAAAUCUUUUCUCCAUAGAAACAGUUUUUUACUUAUAAAUAGAAAUGUGAAUAUAUUGUUGCACUUUUUGAUUUAUUUUAUAGCUUAACUUUAAAUUAAUAUUAAGUCGAGAUCAAAAGUCUGUUUUAGUUCUAAAUAAGAAAAGCUAAAUACUAUAUGUCUGUUGGUUUGUCUGUCUAUGUAUCCCAACCACUUAUUUCAAUUGCAAACUUAGUGUUUUCAAGAUAAGCACACGUUGAUUUAGUUGACAAGACAGGCAUAACCAAUCUAUAACGUGAAAAAUAUGCAAUUGCAGAAAAUUGUGAUUAUUCAUAUUUAGAAAAUAUAUCUGCUGUACGUAAUACUUAAAUGAGGAAAUUAAUAGUUAAAUGACAUAAUAUAAAAUGGUUACAGUAAUGAAUAUCUAAAUGCAAUUGGUCCAAUGGUAUGAUUGACAAUUCCUUUAUUUAUUUAUUUUUCACAGAGCUCCACCGUAGUGAGAGUGUACAGGAAAAAAACGUAAAAGAGGCUAGAACUAAAUGCCGAACUAUUGCAUCUUUGCUGACAGAUGCACCAAACCCCCACUCCAAGGGGGUUCUUAUGUUUAAAAAGAGACGACAGAGAGCAAAGAAAUAUACUCUAGUGAGUUACGGAAGUGUGGACGAAGACCGAUACAUUGAGGACGAGGAAGGUGUCUUCCCAACAAGUGAAUCAGAAUUUGAUGAGGAAGGUUUCUCUGAUGCUCGUAGUCUAACUAAUCACUCGGACUGGGAUAGCACCUAUUUGGAUAUUGAAAAGCCUAAAAUGGAACAUGAACAACAGGAGGAAAAAGGUCUGAGCGAAGCAUCAGGGAAGGGAGCUGCAUUAUUUGAGAUGCAAAGACAGAGAUCUGAACAGUUUUCUGUUGAUAACCCUCCACCACAAAAUCCUCAGGAAAAUCAUAAACCAACACCGAUUCCACCACAAAGAAGGUCAAGCAGUGGAAAUGCUCGUAAUGUAGAACGUAGAAGCCAAGAGAUCGGUGGUUCAGAGAGCACCAAAGUAGCUAGUACAAAUAUAUCAUUAUCACCUCCUCAGCCUACACAGCCAGGAACUAGUGAUGGAACUGGCAUCUUUAACAGAUCAGCAAGGCCAUUUACUCCAGGUCAAGUUGGGCAGCGCUCAAUGGCUUCAUCAGUUAUAUUCAAUCCUAUUACCCCUAAAAAAGUAAGCGAGUGUUCAUCUGUGCCAAUUGCAGCACCUUCACCAUUUGCUCAUUUCUCUCCUGCAAUUCCUUCAAGCCCUGCAAUUCCUUUGAGUCCUCAAAGAGUUCCUGGAGGUGCUAUUACAUCACUUUAUAUACCAGCACCUGUAAAACCCACUGUGUCAUCAACACCUCCAGAUGUAGGUGGUGAAAAAGAUUUACAGAAUUCUCCAACUUUUGUUACACCAAGAACGACUACUGCUUCAAUAUAUCUCUCAUCUCCAUCACGCCCAUCAGAACCUCAAACAGUAACUUCACAGCCAAAUAUAACAAAAUUAGUGGGUCCCACUACAGUAACUCCAUUGACCCCACCAGUAUCACAGUUGUUUAGUCCAGCAUCUAGUGUGCAGCAUGACACACCAUCUUACACCCCCGUAAGCCUUGCAAAUACAUCAUCAGAAACUGUGACAUCAAGAGAACAGAAAAUUUCUGUGCCGUUUGGACGUACAGGCAUCUUGAAUGAGGCUCGAAAAAGAGGUGGCAGGAAACAGAUGUUUGCCAAAGUGGAGGAGAAGAAGUGUUUACCUAAUCCAGAUCUUAUGUCCAUGGUGCAGAACUUAGAUGAGAAACCUAAGCAAGAUCAACCUGGAGCAGGGUUUGAAUCUGGACCUGAAGAAGACUUUCUCAGUCUAGGAGCAGAGGCAUGUAAUUUUAUGCAGUCUGCUGGACGAAAGUUGAAAGUUCCUCCCCCAGUGGCACCUAAACCCUAUUUAAAAGCAGAUGAACUUGUGAAUGGUACCCAUGAUAUGCCUCAACUGAAGGGUAAAGGUGCUGAAUUGUUUGCUAAACGACAAAGCCGUAUGGAUAAGUUUGUAGUAGAGUCAACCCCUAGGUCUAGCUCCAAACCUAAUUCCCGACCUAGAACACCAUCCCCAACGCCUUCACUACCCUCUUCCUGGAAAUACUCAUCUAAUAUUCGUGCACCACCACCUAUUGCUUACAAUCCACUAUAUUCUCCAUUUUAUCCCUUAGCAGCAUGCAAAUCUCAGCCUGGGAAAGCGGACAGCAAAGUAAAAAAAACUCCUGGCAAUAAACCAAGAAUGCAAGCAAUUGAUUUCAUGCGUCAUCAACCAUACCAGCUAAAUUCCGCAAUGUUCUGUUUUGGUGAUUCUUCUAAUACUGCAAAUCAAACUCAAUCAAGUCAAAACACCACAAAAUCUAGUUUGCCUGGUACUCCAGCUAGGCAAGUACCUGUAAAAACUGUACGAGCUCAUGAUAUAAAGCGCUUCUCAACUCCAACUCCCAUGUCAUCUUCAGCCAACAUGAAACCCACUGUGCUUGCCCCUCGUUCUGCAACUACUCUUGCUGAGCCAGUGUGGAGAACAGAGAUGAGCACUCAACAUGUGCCCUCAACACCUACAGUUCCAAUGCCUUACCAACCACCCACCCAGGAUAAUGUGCAGAAUUCUACCACUUCUUUUAAUCGAGCUUCUGCUGUUUUUAGUCCCACUAGUUUUAUCACUUCACCUAGAGCAUCAGUUUCCAGGAUCCAGGUCCCAAAACCAAGGUUUUGUGCCUCUAAAACUGGAAUGCAGGCUAAUGUAUGGAGGCCGGCUAAAAUCCGAUAUUAAUCUCAUAAACAAGUACCCAUGGUAAGCCUCAGCUUCCAGCAAAGAUAUUCAUGGCAAUGCCAUUUGCUUGAUUGUUUUGUGAUUUACAAAGUAGUUUUCCAAUUUCCAUAUCCCUGAACCUCUGCUUGCUAGGCUAAGACUGUUACGUUCCAGGAGAAAUGAGAAACUAAAUGCACGGAUGUAGUAAAAUGUGAAAAGGUUUGAGAGAACAAGAUGUCUCUUGAUGGACCAGGUAAUGAAAAGUGAAAAUGGACUCUUUAGUAAUGGUUUCAACAAGGAUGCUGACAUAUUUGAUUAUGAUGCUCUUUUGACAGAUUUGUGUACAAGUAAUGUAAUGGUAGUCCAUGAGGAACUUGCAGACAAGGGAUUGACUAGAAAUAUGGAUUUUGUGUACUGCAGCUGGUGGUUGUUGGAAUUACAAUAUGCCAAUACACUGCCCAUCUUGCGAUGACUUUAAGCCAACGGUCACAUCCAAAGGUCACUUGGGAGUUUAAUAAACAUUUAUAAACAAACUGUAUAAAAAGCCAUGUUGAUGUGUUCCAUUGCUGUAACCAUAUCUCCUUAGCCACAUAAAACAUGUUGCGCAUGAAAUUGCUUUUUCUUGGCCACAAGUCAAAGUGCUGGGAAGCUGUUUUCUCGUGUGGUGCACUGUACCAAGAUUGAACUGGAACAUUAACAACCUGAAGUGUGGUGUGUUUAAUAAAAUCCUAUAUGGUCACUUAGUCAGUUGAAAAAAGAAAUGCAUGUUUGUUUGAUGUUUGCGUGAAUUCACAUUUUGCAAUUUUAAAGGGCCAGCAGCACCUUAAUAUGAAAUUCUCUCAUGGGAAAUGAGAAAAUGAUGUAUAUAAAAACUAUGGAGCUAUGGAUUUUGGUAACUAUGGAGCUUGCAUAUUCCAUGAUUUUUCUGCGAAAGGAAAUAUUCCAUCAAAGUAGCAUAACGAUAGAGGAAAGAAAUCACUUUGUUUAAAUUAACAGCUGUAUUCUCAUUAUCAUUGGUGUAUUUGGUUAUCAGAAUACAGAAAGAUCUCAUAUCAUGACCAUUGGCCAAAAAUGAUAAAUUGUUAAUAUGGUAAUGCUGUAUAAUGGCAUUCCCUUAGGAAAUAAAAGAAAAGUUCCAUAAUAUUUAUAUGCAUAUUUUAACUAAUGAUGCUCUUUCACAUAAGUUGAAUUUAUGUUUUGGUUUCACUGUCCCCGUAAAUACUUGUACCAUCACAAUCAUUUUGUGUAGAAGCCACAAAGUGUAUUUGAUAUUUAUGUUUGUGUACAAUGCCCAUGUAGAUUAUUGUUAGUUAAAUGCAGUAGUUUCUAUUUUUUUCCCUUGUGCAUCCCGAAUUGUGCGUUUGUGACAAUGUAUUUGUGUGUAUGACAUUGAGCACAAAAUACCUGCAUAGUUUUGCCAAUGUUUUAGAAUUAUGUAAGCAGGGUAUAUAACUACUUUAGUAAGUACAAUUAGAAGCCAAAUUCCAUCAUCAACAUCUGGUCUUUCAAAAUCCUAUGCAAGCAUGCUAUUUGCCUCUUAUUUUCAUUAGCAUCAGUAGUACAGUAAACUGCUGUUAACGUUAAAUAAGCAUGACAUUCCGUGUCAGAGUAGAGAAUCUAAAGAUCAGUGUAGUAUGUUGCUAACCAGCAUGGAUCUGUAAACGCUCAAUCUAGGCACAAUAUCCAUUCCAUUAGGCUGCAGAUACUGUCCCUUGAUUUUACUGUCAGCCAAUGAAUGGCUUUAACACAUGGAUAACAAUGAUAUUGGCAAUAAGUGGAACCAUCAGCAAUUGACAAGUGAGACACUCUAAGCACCCUCAGAGGGACAUAUAGUGGUUAUGGUGGUAAGACUGACACUUUAAAGUUUUAUCCUAGAAUGAUUUUUGCAUGUUUCUAUGUCAUGCUAUUUUAUACACAAACUUUCUUUCAACAAAUUCUUUAAUACCACAAGCCAUAGAUCUCAUUUCGGAUUACAAAAUAUUAAAGGAUUCGGCCAUUUCAGAUUCUUCUUAACUUCAAGCAUAGUUUUAAAUUACCAAAUAUAAGUGGGAAAAGAUGGAGAGUGCACUUGUGUGAUAACCAGUGAAAUAAAUAUUUACACUAUAUGUGAAUGGUGAAACAGUGAAUCAGUGAUCAUACAAAUGCAAACACAAACAUACCGUAUAAGAGUUCUUUUUAUUUGUAAAAGAUACACACUUGCAUAGGGAAAUGUAGUUUUAUAAAGUAACUGACUCAGCACAUAUAAGAAUACAUCUUAAUCACAUCCCACUCACAUUUGCUUAAGCUUGUAUAUAACUGGCUCAAGUAUAUUUGCAUAGGUGUAGUGAAGGUAUUCUGGAACAGAGACUAGUUUUAAAUGAUAUAAAAUCAUUAUAAAUCAUUCUUUUGUUGAGUGUCUAUAUAAAAAAUUAUAAAUUAUUCAAUGUGGUUUUCUUAACAGGUUUCAUAGGUCAUAAAUAGCUAAUGUGUCAAACUGCUAUCACACUUUAAAAAACAAAACAAAAAAAAACAUAAUCUAACAAAAUUUCUGUAGAAAUUAGACAUCUCAUAUCUAUGCAUACAGGUAAGCUAUGUGCAAAACAAGCCAUAACAUGAGCCAAGAAUAUAUUUAAUAGAUUGGAAGCAGACAUAUUUCAUGAGCAAUUAUUAAAAGGCAGGGAAGAUCACCAAACCUGAAUUUAUGCUAGUCACCAUACCAAUAAUUAGUAAUAUAGCAGGUUAAUAUUUCAUGUUCUAGAAUGUUUUCCGUAUCCAUUUCAUAGUUCUAUUUUCUAAAAAGAAUUUCCUUAAAGUUUAUCCUGUACCAAAUAUAUGAGCAGGAACAAACAUGGGAACUAACUCUAUCAGUCCAACAGGGUGUGGGUUGGAGUGCUCAUUGCCGGAAUAAUAAAUUCCAUUAUGUACCAUCCACUGCUUACCUAUUUUACUGUCUACAAAAUCCUGCCUAGUCUCCUAGUCUUGGCGGUUUUCGUGUACAGGAAGAGACAGGCCAAUUACCAACCAGUGUUCACAGGUAUUACAUUACGUAUCUGCCUACAGGUUCAGCACCUAUGGUUCCUAUUAUCCUUCCUAAAAUAACUUGUCUAUGGAGGUAGAUUUAUUUUGUUAUCUGAGAAAAGGCUGCAUUUUGCGAUGUCACGUUUGGAAACACAUAUGAACUGUGGCCUAUUAAUUUGGAGUUACACAUCUGAUUCAAUGAAUGCAAUGUUAAAAUCCAAACACAUUCAAUGAUUCAUGACUGUCUUCAUUAAAGCGCAAAAGGUGAGCUGCCUAGGUUCAAAAUAUUUCACAAGUGAUUAGAGUGGCUGCCCCUUGGGUCUCACAGAUGUUUUGGGACUAUCCUCCCCAGGAAUACAGUAUCAAUGACCAUGAUUAUAUGGACACAAGUAACUAGCCAAGGAAUGGGUCACAUUAAAGGGGGAAAAAGAUUUGCAUUAUUUGUUCAAUGUUGUAUGACUUUUGCUGUGGGUAGUAGUGUUUCCAUUUAUUUGAUAGGGCCACAAAAGUCCUAUACCAUUGAACACUAAAGCCAAAUCUCUUUUUCUGUAAUCUGAUGCUCUGAGCACCUGGCAGUAUCUCCAACGUUGAGCACACAUAUGGCUAUCUACAGAAAUGAAUAUAAUGUAUGGCUUUGGUUGGUUGGUGUUGCAGCUAGGACAUGAAUUACAUCAUUUUGGGGCAGUGGUGGGUAAUUCGACCUGAUGUUAGAUGCUCAGUUUGCUGCAGCUUAACAAUCCACAAGAACAAAGUCCCAGCUGCUAAGUUAAAGGAUGAAGAAAAAGGAUAUGGUUAAAACUGCCGUUGGUGCAAUGCAGGUAGGUUGAGAGACCUCUACCUAUCACAGGCGGGGGCUAAGAUGGUGUUUGCAGAAGGUAAGGUUUACAGAGAAAAGGAGCUGGAAUUGGAAAGGAUAAAUGAAUUGAAUUAGGGACAUUGAAACUGGGAGAGGGAUGACAUGAAGAACUGAACUGGGGAUAGAAACAACCAGAGAAGAAUACAUAAGAAUAUAUAAGAUCUGAAAUAAACAGCCGUAAUGCAGGUACCAGGUCUUGACCAAUAAUAAUUAGGAUUGAUUAAAGUUGUUUUGCAUUUACUAAGCAUGGAAAUCUUUAAUGUUACCCAACAGACAAAACAGUUUGGAUGAAAACAUGACCAAAUUUGCAUGUUUGUCGGGAAUAACUGUUGCUUGUCAGAGAAACUGGAUGCUUCUGUUUUUUGUGUGUCUUUCCAACGCACAAUUUUAUGUGGCAAAUGGAAGAUAUAUUAAAUUUUGACCAUUUAUGGAUGAUCUGAGCUCAGCAAAGUAAAUGCAGGCCACACGAAGCAUCUAUUUAAUUGUAAUCCAUUUGCCAUGACCACGUCUACAAACAUUAAUACCUAAGAUCAUGUUGAUGGAAGCAGCUACUAUUGAUAAAAGCAUCUUUUGUUACUAAAAUUCAUUCCGAGAGACCUAUUCACAUAAUAAGACUUUUGGUUGUCUUCUGGUCCAUAAGAACACUGAUGGAUUUGCACUGUUCAAUAAAAAUGUGCUCAGAUGGCUUCUAGUUAGACAGUUACAAUACUCUGUUGUGUUUUGCGGUUAAAAUAAAGAACACAAUUAUGGACAAGUUUAAUUAAAAGAGUUGCAACUUGCACUCACUGAGUGAGAAUAAAUAAAGUAAAGACUCCAUUAAUUACACAAGAAGAAACGUUGGGAUUUAUUGUUGGUUUCCAGAAAAGAAGAUUCAGAAAAAAAUAAAGGAAGUGACGAAACAGAUCCUUUGAGAAGAAUUGUACUUGGAUGAGUUUUCAUAGGACUGUUUAAGAGUACAUAUAUUGGAUACAAACAGCCUGUAACAGCUAAUUGCCAUAGUAUGUUAACGAUUUAAAUACAUUGGCAGGAUUCUCUUAGCAGAGCUAUGGUGUACUCUGCUUUCUGGAUGGCAAUGUCCCCAUGGACUUCAGUGGAGGAACUGCUAUUCAGUGAGCUUAGUAAAUUUAUAGUGCUAAGACGAUCCAUCCAGAUGUUAUAAGUGUUUCUUAUUAAAGCCGGGUAUAUUUAUGGAAAAUUCAUAGAAUAUGCACCUUUUUUUUGUGAUUUGGGAGUGUAUGAAAUCUCUACAUUUACUUUUAGCUAUCAGGUCUUCCACAAGGGCUAUUGGAACCCAUCAUCAACCCAUUUUAGUUAAAACCUUUGCAUUUACACAGCCAGGCUUGAGAUAUUCCCCUUGAAUGUUUGUGCAAUAAGCUGCUAUCUAAGUCAUCUUGCAUCUGGUUAGAAAAAAAAAAAAUGUAAAACUUAUUUUGGAAGGUUACAAUAUACACUUUCCAUUACAAUAUUUUCAUUCUAGUGUGGUGCAUUAUAUUUUGAGGCACCAGUUUGCACUCUCCAUUGCAGAAGUGAAGACCUCCAAAUGUGGAAAGGAUUUAAAUGUUUGUGUUCUCUGAUGUAGACUGAUUUUCAAAAAGUGAGAUUUCUGGAUUUCUAAAAACUAAUCUUGCAAUGCACAAAUCCAGCUGAAUAAAUGAAGAUGUAGGCUUUAAUGCAUGUUGUUUUUUGUUCCUUUCACAGCCAGAUAAUAUCUAUCCCAUAAAAAAAUUCACUUGCAGACCAUUCUAGCCUGGAACGACUGCAGAUUGUAUUCCCUCGUGUGUUAAUCAGUGCUGAAAUUAAUCACAAAUUAAAGGACCAUUAUAGUGCCAGGAAAACAUUCUCGUUUUCCUGGCACUAUAGUGCCCUGAGGCUGCCCCCACCCUCAGGGUCCCACUCCCGCCGGGCUGGAUGGAGAGGAAGGGGUUAAACACUAACCUUUCUCCAGCGCCGGGCUCCCUUGUGCUGGAGACUCUCCUCCUCCUUUCCCCGUCAUCGGCUGAAUGUGCAUGCGUGGCAAGAGAGGGUUUUUUUGUUUUUUUUAAAUGCGUUCAAUAAACUUUUUAU